GUGUGUGAUUGGUGGAAUCCACAGAUUUUGCACCAGCUGAAUUCCUGCUGCUCCUCCACCCUACCUUUUUUUUUUUCAUUUCUGAAGGCAGACCCACCACGCAGAGUGUCUGCCACUAUUCAGCUCUGGAUGAAACUAAAGCACGUGUAAAUGGGGCCUUCCAGACUGUUGCGAUUUCCAGGCAGGACUCAAGUUAAUGUGCUAGUAAGUUCAGGUUUUGCCAUUAUAGUUUGCCUGGAGAGUUUUGCACAGCAAACCCAAAAGAUCAGAUUUCCUGCGAUAAGGAAAGUGAUGGGAAAGUGCACUGGGAAGGGUUGGAAAGCCCUUUCUUGGAUGCAGUCGCCUGAGCUCCCUACAAACAGAUCGGGUUGAACGCUUAGUAAACAGGGGACUCCUGCACCCGAAAUACUGUACCUAUAAUCUCAUUUAUUUAUUUAUUUUCUUCCAUCGCUGUUGUCCUUUCUUCUGUCAUGAAAGUUAGGACAAUGCUCUAGUUACAGGUAGGUAGCCAUGUUGGUCUGCCCUAGUCAAAACAAAAACAAAACAAAAAAUCCUUCCAGUAGCACCAAUAACUAACUUAGUUGGUCUCUAAGGUGCUACUGGAAGGAAAUCUUUUUUAUUUUGUUAGGACAAUGUAUUCACCAGAUCUUUAAUAACAUGUGCCUUCAUCCUUGGGCCAUUAUUGGUAACCGGUGCUAAUUUCACUAAUUUAACACGGUCUUCUCAUUCUAAAGUUUAAACUGGGGGGGGGGGGGAGCCUCAGAGCCAAAACUCUCUUAGAUCCAAUUACAGUGGUACCUCGGGUUACAUAUGCUUCAGGUUACAGACUCCGCUAACCCAGAAAUAGUGCUUCAGGUUAAGAACUUUGCUUCAGGAUGAGAACAGAAAUCGUGCUCCGGCGGCGUGGCAGCAGUAAGAGGCCCCGUUAGCUAAAGUGGUGCUUCAGGUUAAGAACAGUUUCAGGUUAAGUAUGGACCUCCGGAACGAAUUAAGUACUUAACCCGAGGUACCACUGUAUUGCAAACUGCUCCGAAAACUAUUUUGGCUAAAGGGGCAGGGCAUACGUACUAUACACAAACCACUCUCAUCAGCCUAUGCAUGGACGCCUAGCCAGGAAUUUUGUUUGGGGGGGGGCAGCCAAAGUUGUUUAGCUUUUAGGAAAUCAUCCCAUGAAGACGACAUUAUGGGGGGCAGGCUUCUACUGGGAGAGGCAGGCUUUGGCUGGGGGGUUAGAGCCUCAGAUAAUUGAGUAAUUUCAGUGCUUUUCAAUAAUAUUUGUGGAUAUUAUUGCCCUCUGCCCAGCUACACCCAUAAGCCCCUGCCAGGGAUGUAAACUUACCAGUGGCUUUGGCAGGUGAGUGGGGCUGCCUUGACAUGAGGCAAAGGAGCAAGUGAGUUGGUGGGAUUUUUUCCUUUACUCGAGUAAACCAUGACUGCAAAGACCCUGACCCGUUUGCCACCUGAUCGCAAUUCCCAUAAGUUCUUAUUUCCCCCUAAUGUGUUUUAUUUUUGUUUUUUAACACAUUACGGCCACAGAGGCUGCACUCAACCUCAGAAGACUUUUAGAGGAGGAGGAACUUUCAACCUUUCCCCCUCUGGCAGUUUUUCUGCUGAAAAGUCUUCCACCCACAACCACAUUGCCUUUUCCUCCACUCACUCUUACAUGUAUUUUUGAAACAAAUUGCCAACUUCCGUUUCCCCCAUGCGCUCUCUCUCUCACUCACACACACACACACACACACACACACAGCAGUGUGUAGCACUGUUGUAAGACUUGUCUCUGUAGAUGAUUUGUCAUUCAGGAAGCAUCUAUAGCCUUGAAAUGAACAUUAAACGUUUGGGAGUUCUUUGCUCAAGUCCAUGAUUCCUAUCUGGCCAGUCUUACAGGUCCAUUCACAGUGUGAUCAAAUGCCAAUGUCACAGCAGUGUGUGUGUGUGUGUGUGUGUGUGUGUGUAGUUGCAUUGGUGUAACUCCUUCCCUCAUUGCGCAGGUGCCACCCCUUGCGCAUAUGCAUAUUCAGAGUCUUUCAUCACCCACGUUUCCUCUCCUGCCCACAUCAUACCCUUUGCUUUUUGUACCACGUGGGGGAGCGAAAGUAGCAGUACGGUUUUGAGAUUUGGAAGCUUGAGAGUCUCCCCUCUUCCCCACUCUCCUUCAUCUUCUGCCAUAGCCGCUUGCUCCUCUUGAAUCUGUCUCUUGGCUUGAUCAAACUAUUCAUCUGGUGCCUUCCUGCCAGUCAUGUCCUCCAGAAAAUAAGCUCUUGAACCGUUUAAGCCGCUGCAGCUGCUGCUGCUGCUGCUGCUGCUGCUGCUGCUGCUUCCACCACCCAGGAUGCCUGGCCUACACCUUCCAGUCUACUUUCUGACACUGCUGAUCAGCUUGGCUCUUCGAGGUAGGUCGGAAUUGGCUCAAACGGAAUUCUCUGUCUUGACUGAGACUGGAGAGAAAGUCUGCUGGCACAGAUACCAUGUUUAGGUAGGAUGGGCAGAUUGGACCUUUGCAGGUUUGGGAAUUGCUGGGGUGAAUUGCUUGCUGCAUGUUGCGUGUAUGUGUGAGAGUUUUUUUGGAGAGUUCCAGGGCAUGGUGUGUAGUUACAUGAGGCUGAUACCUUGGUAAAGCUAAGCAGGUUUAGCUCUGGUCAGUGCCUGGAUGGGAGACCGCCUAGGAACCACACGGGCAAUGCUCUGGGUUCCUUGACAGAAGAAAGGCAGGAUGUGAAUGUAUGAGAAGAAAUAAAAAGGAGGCACAAAGGUUUUAAAGGAGACAGGUGAUCUAGUGCUUCGUCAGGCUUGCUCAGGGGCAGAGCUCACACUUUGCUUCCAGAUCCAAUCUCUGGCAUCUUUGGGAAGGACUUGGGGAGACACCUGUCUGAAAUUCUGGAGCUCUGCUGCUAAUCCAUGUUAAGCUACAGGCAGUUAAUUUGUAGUCCUGCUAGGACUGCAGUGCCCCUUGGCCCAGGCACCUUGGUCAAUAAUGAGGGUGGAUGAUGGAAAUUUAGACCAAGGGCCUCCGGAGAGCUACAGGCUCCCUGCCCCUGAGGUACUGACAAUACUUAGCUAGAUGGCCUAAUAGUCUUGAUUUCCUAGUUCCUCCUUCUGCUAACCGAAUUAGCAGCCAACUUUAAUAAUUGUGCAAGUUACAGAUUUGCCAGAAUGUCCAUUGAGACUUCCUGCUUUCAGCGGUAUCUAUUUCUUGACAGUAUGCAUUUGGAGAGGCUGGGUUUUUUCUGGAGUUACUUGUUCCCUGAGGUUUGCUUCCACUUACCUUCAGAGGUGUGGAGAACCCCCAGAUGGGGUUACCGCGUGUUCCCAUCCUACUCUGAUCUGUAGCAGAGCUGUCAAUUUCUGGCAAGGGCCGGGGGGAUGGCUGGGAAUUGUAUCUCAAUGAAGGGUCUCUUAACAACUUUGAGCACUCUUAACAAACUACAGUUCCCAGGAUUCUUUGGAGGAAGCCAUGACUGUUACAGUGCUACAAGCAGGCUUUAAAUGCAUGGAGUGAAUAUCAGAAGGAUACUCUGUGUCCAUUAUUCAGUGGUCUGAAUACCUUUACUGUCCUUUCUACAUUUGAACAUAUACAGAAUUUUGUUAUCAUUGGUCUUAUUUGGAUAUAUUUUUUUGGACAAAUGGAUGGCUUAUAUUAAUAUGUAUGCUUAAAUUAGAUUUGAUGGAUUAUUCUUAUUAUUGUGAGCCAACGUUCUUACUUUUGUCUUUCUGUUACAUUUGCAACUUUUUGUUUCAUUUUUUAAAAGAUCUACACAAUGUUAAAACGCACGUUUAACAUCACAUGCAGUUUGGCCCGAAGAGCGUUUCAGUGAGAAAUGCAAGUUCAGAUCCCAGCUGUGCAACGAAGCUCCGGCCAAUUCACUCACUCCGCCAUCUAGAUGCUCUCAUCUCAUGGAUGUUGAAAAAAUUGUGUGCUGCUUUUCUUUAUAAACUCUGGGCGCUUAAGGAGAAAAGUUAAAAGACAAAAUGUAAAACAUAGCUUCAUCUUAAAGGUAAAGGUAAAGGGACCCAUGACCAUUAGGUCCAGUCGUGGCCGACUCUGGGGUUGCAGUGCUCAUCUCGCUUUAUUGGCCGAGGGAGCCGGCGUACAGCUUCCGGGUCACGUGGCCAGCAUGACUAAGCUGCUUCUGGUGAACCAGAGCAGCUCACGGAAACGCCAUUUACCUUCCCGCCAGAGCGGUACCUAUUUAUCUACUUGUACUUGAGGUGCUUUCAAACUGCUAGGUUGGCAGGAGCAGGGACUGAGCAAUGGGAGCUCACCCUGUCACGGGGAUUUGAAUCGCCGACCUUCUGAACGGCAAGUCCUAGGCUCUGUGGCUUAACCCACAGCACCCCCCAUGUCCCUUAGCCACAUCUUACAAAACCACAAAAUGAGAGAAUGAUACAUGUCCAAAAUGCAAAACAACAACAGCGACAGCAGUGAGCGAUUGAAUGAUAACCAGGAAAACAGCCAAAGCAACCCUGUAGAAAUAGGGUUAAUGUUUUCGUAAAACCAAGGUUUUGCCUCGCGACUAAGAUCAUCCUCAUUUAUAUCACACCACAACAACACACCAACACACACAAUACUCUACACUAUCCCCUAGCUGUCUUCAUUGCCAUCAUCACAUCAUGUUUCAUAGAAAUACAGUGGUACCUUGGUUCUCAAACUUAAUACGUUCUGGAAGUCCGUUCCAAAACCAAAGCGCUCCAAAACCAAGGCAUGCUUUCCCAUAGAAAGUAAUGCAGAAUGGAUUAAUCCGUUCCAGACUUUUAAAAACAACCCCUAAAAUAGCAAUUUAAAUGAAUUUUACUAUCUAACGAGACCAUUGAAAAUUAAAGCAAUAAAUAAUGUACAGUGGUACUUCGGGUUACAUACGCUUCAGGUUACAGACUCCACUAACACAGAAAUAAUACCUCGGAUUAAGAACUUUGCUUCAGGAUAAGAACAGAAAUCGUGCUCCAGCGGCAGCAGGAGGCCCCAUUAGCUAAAGUGGUGCUUCAGGUUAAGAACAGUUUCAGGUUAAGAACGGACCUCUGGAACAAGUUAAGUACUUAACCCGAGGUACCACUGUACUGCAGUCACACAAUCAAUCAAUCAAUCAAUCAAUCAAUCAGUAGCUGAACUGAGUUCCACACAGUCACACAAAAAAAGAGCCACAAAAACAGAGAAUAAGUAGCAAAAGCAGACAGACAUCAGCGUAACACUCAAAAUGUAAUUGUGGCACUCAAAUCGGAAGUGUGGCACUCAAAACGGGGCACAUUCGGCUUCUGAAAAAUGUUCGCAACCCGGAACACUUACUUCCAGGUUUGCAGUGUUUGGGUUGCAAGUUGUUUGAGUACCAAUGCGUUUGAUAACCAAGGUAUAGGAAACUCUCCAGGCUUCCAGGCAGAGGCUUCUCCCGGCCCUACCGGGAGAUGCCAGGAAUCGAACCUGGCAACAUCUGCAUGCCAAGCAGAUGCCCUGCCACUGGCCUACAGUCAUUUUUCAGCUGUCCCUACUCCACUUCUGCUUCUUCAGCAAGAGUGUGAGAACCACUCUCACAGCAGUGUUGGUGGCGGCGGUAACAAAGCCGCAAGCCUACUUUCAGGCAAACCAGUGUGGGUCUUAAAAGCCUGGGCUGCUGCCACAGGGAGGAAGUCGGCUGAACGCACAUCAAGUCAUUCUGUCGGUAUCUUGGUGUGAUCUGCUACUGUCAGCAGCUUAAGAGCUGCCAGAUACUUUACAGGUGCUGCUGUUGUGUUAGCAACAGCCCAGAGUACAGGAAUGUUGCCUGCAAAACUUGUCAUCAGUGUUUUGGAGAGGCAGAGAGAGAGAGGGAGAGAUAUUAAUCUGCUUCUGCCUUUCUUCUUUUCCCCCCAAUUAUGUUUUAUUAAGUUUCAACAUUUUUAACAUGUACAAUCAAAACACAAUUUUGUCUUUUAUUUUUGCACCCCAUUUUCCAUGUUGUUUCUCCCCUUCUGCUGCACCCUGUCUUCUAUUAAAUCAUAACGAUAUUAUAAUCUAAUUACUUCUGUUUCUCAUAGCUCAAAUCCUGUUUGUGAGUUUAUCGUACUAUAAAUUUAAACUGACUAGUCACUGCUUCACCAUCUCCCAGCAAGGGUGGAGAAAUUCGAUUCGGUUCACAUUUAAAACCGAACCUAUCAGAUUCUCACAUUCCAGAACAGUAGGAGAACUGAAAUGGAUCUAUCCUUCACAGCGCACACCUCUCUGGGUGUUGUGAUGCGCUUCUCCAAGCAAACGUUUACAAAAAUGCAUAUAUUAGGAGAAAGCGUGCGUACAAAUUAAGAUGUUUGUGAAAAUAACAUGCAAAAAUGCAUAAUAUUGUGGGGAAUUGCGUCCAUAAAUGAGUGCAUUAGUCACAACUGCAAAAAAACAAAAACACUGAUUCUGAGAAGAAAGCCAUAUUAAAAUGCAGGUGAAUUUUCAUAGGAAUUUUUUAAAAAGUAGAUUGCUGCAAAAUGUGGAGAACUGAAUUUCUGACUAGAAAAAUGAGAAACUUCAGAGGAACAAAACUGAGAGAUCCUUCCAUUCCAACCUCUCACCCAGAAUCUCCCUGGUUAAGAAGAAUGGCUUCCAGCUGACACAAGUCACGCGUGUGCACACCCACCCACCCCCCGCUCCUGUGCUUCUAACAGCUUAUUGUGCAAAAGAGCCGCAAGCAGAGUGCUUGCUUGCCACACAGAAGGUCCCACCAGCCUUAAUAUAUGGAGGAACUGGCAGUCAAAAGGUUGAAUUAUGGAGAUAAAACAUUUUCAGUUAGUGUAGUGGUUCUCAGAAAAGUUUCUCUGGGCCACACUUCAGAAUAAAAAUGUGCUCAUGCUGCACCAAAUUUUUCUUUGAUAAGAAAUACACUGGAAAACAACUCCUGACAGCGCUUGAUUUAUAACACGCGACACAACUACUUUAUAAUAUAAUCACAGGACAUCCAUAAAGUAUAAAACAAGGCAGCUAUGUAAGAACGUGAAUCUUCCCCCAAAUUUAAUUUUACAGAAGCCUUAUGUACCUUAAGCAUGUAUACAAACUGAAUGAGAGGUGUGAGCUUGCUUUUGCCAGGAAAUUUCAUUUAUAUUCGGUCUAAUUUGAGACAAGCAAACUUUCAUCUCAUCAACUCAAAGAAGCUUCACUUUUCUGACCUUUCAUAUUGGGCAAAGUUGAAAAACCCUGUUGACAACAAUAUGUUGUGGAAAAGUUUAGAAGAAUAGCCAGUGCUCUUGAAGGGAGGCAUGGGUGCUGUUUCUGUUUCUGUUGUUGUUGUUGUGUGUAUACACACAAGCUAUGCUAUACUGUACUAUACUGUACUGAAAUCUUUAAAUGUUUAUUGAAUCUUCUUGCCACACUUGCCAUCCUCUCCUUCCACACCAAGUGUGGCCCACCACACCCUCUGAGAACCAUUUUGCGUCUGUUUGUACAGCAGGGUGUCAUCAUUAAAGGCAGAGGCAGCUACAGCGACCACUUGAGAAGCUGGCAACCCUCAGGGUGUGAGAACGCAGGGGUACGCCCUUCAUCUGUGGCUGGGGAGAAAGAAGGGGUCAGAAUAAGGAAAUGUUGCAAAUAGUCCUCUUACCAGAAUGAUGUGUGUGUGUGUGUGUAGAUUUGCAUAAACUCCAUACAUUUAAAGCACAUGACUCCACCCCCCAUAAUAAUCCUGGGGACCAACAUUUGCCUCUUGCAGCCCUACACUUCCCAGAACCCUUAACAAACUGCAGUUUCCAGGAUUCUGUGGUGGCGGCAAUAGGGAGGAGUGGUUUAAAAAUGCACGGUUUGUAUGCAGCCUGAUAGGUGAGUGACAUCUGUUGCCAAGGCAGAAAGGCUGCUGGCUCUCUUCCUGGCUGGCAGUGGCAUCAUCAGGGCAGGACUUGGGGGCAGAUGUCCAGGGGGCUUCCACUCAGCUGAAUGCACAGGGCACCCCCUGACAUUUGCUGGCUGUGGCAUUCCCAAAGCAAAGGAAGGAUUGGACUGAUAAAAUACGCACAGGCUUGACCAGCAAGACUCUGGGAGGAGUGCGUAUAAUAAUAAUUCCUGUCCACCCUCCGGCCCAGGUCGUUUUAUUCACAAAAGAACUUUUUACCCAGUGUUCGUAAGAACCAAUCAGAUUUCCUCUGAGCAUUUCAAAAAACCCCACGUGGGGACAAAGUUACACUACAAAACUAAUUUAAGCAUGCAUACUUCUGGGGUAAAUAAAACAGAACUAAAAAGGAAGAAUGCAUUCAGCAAACCCAGAGGUCAUAAACAGCAAUAAAGGAAGGAAGGCUGGGUAGUAUUUACUAUCUCAUUGUGAACACUCUUCCUGGUCCUUAAGAUCUAUCUAAAGAUUAACAAGCUACAUCAAAGAAGCUACCUACUAUCUUUUAUGGCUCAGGUUGCCUGAUGAAGCAGCUGGCCUGUGUAUUUAGAAUGCUGAUACGUGCCUGUCAGGUGUAGAAGUGAACAGUAGAGAAAAUUGCCAGAAAUGCAGAGGCUUGUGGGAUUUGAUCAGAAAUUAUUGUCAAUGAAUCGAACCCAAUCAACGCCAUGCUUUCAUAGUGGACACAAUGGCUUGAUGCAUAUUUUAUAAUUCCUCAUAGUAAUCCCACCUGACCUCCACACUCUGGAUAUGUGCACUCCUACACUGGCUGACCACGUUUCUAUGUAAGUGGGGGGAAAUGCAACUUUACCAUCUAAAGAGGGGCUCCUCCAUAAGACCAUAGAGUCCAAGGUGUAAAAUAACCUGAAAUGACAAGAUGUUUUGCAUCACCCCACAGCACCACUGCUGGGAGGGGGGGUCACUCCGGCCUUUGUGAGUGUGCCUUGCCAGGCAGAGUACAGUCAUUUUUAUUGAAAUGGAAAUUACAUAUUUUCAUGGAAUGGAAAUGACAUGUAGCAAGACUCCUGUUAGAAAGAAAACACUGUGAUGAUAGAUAAGUAAAAGAUCAUUAGGGUGGUUAAAAAGUUGCAUGUUUUGUGUUUGUUUCCUGGCCCAAAAGAAUGAUCUGCAGAGAUUAGCAGACAAGGACUGUGAAAAGCAUCACUUCCUGUUGCUGUUGAUUUUGCAGUCUGCGACCAUUAAAAGCAUAACAGCCGCCUAGUCCACACUGUUUUCUUGGCACACGAAUCUUAGUAUUAAGUAAUCUCAGGAUUUGCAUUACAACGAAUGGCAGUCCUUAGCUGGGGCUUCUUGGAAGGGACGUUUCUGUUUUGAAAUAAGAUGUGCACGCAGGCCCCGAUUGCCUCGGAAGCCAGCUUGGCAGCGCCCACACAUAAGAAGGAGCGAUUGGCUGACUCAGGGAAACUCCAAGGUUUGCAGAAGUGCAACAGCACAAGGCUUGCACACCUGCAGCUGGGGCAGAAUCAACGCAGCAGGCCAGAUUGCAGAGUGGAACAUAUCAUACCUGUGCUGGGGAAACUGCACUGGCUGCUGAUCAGCCCUGAACAACUCAGGAGGAGGUGAUCUGAAAGAGUACUGUAAGAUCACUUAGAUCAGUGAUGGCCAAACUUGGCCCUCCAGCUGUUUUGGGGCUACAGUUCCCAUCAUCCCUGACCAUUGGUCCUGUUAGCUAGGGAUGAUGGGAGUUGUAGUCCCAAAACAGCUGGAGGGCCACAUUUGGCCCUCACUAACUUAGAUCAUAUGGGCAAAUUCUACCCAUGGCACCGCACCCUGAAGAAUAUGAUCCCUGAGUAGUGACCUGAAAAUGGGCAUUUUCUGUUGUUUCCCCUGUUCUGUGCAAUGCCCUUCCCUCUGCCAUACCUGAAGCAGUAACCGUCCAUUACAUCAGUUCUCUUGUGAUAAGGCUGAUCUUUUCACCCAGGCUUUCUCAAGCCCAUAAUAUUGGACCUUGUUUUAUGUUUGAAUCCCCUGGAUUUUUUAUUUUAUUUUUGCUUUGUUCACUUUCAUUGGCUUUUGUGUGAUUUUACAUUGCUGGUUUACUCGCUGGAUCAUCACCUUGUUGUGGUGAGUGGGCUUGCAUGUUCCUAUGACCCUUGUGAGCGAAGCCGUCGGGAAUCUCGUACUCCCAGCAGGGUCACCCAAGGCGGUAAGGUCAAAGGGAAGGGGCCAGACAAAGAAUAAUCCAAGAAGUCCUCAACAGCAGAACAGCAGAACAAGUGGGAUGUUACAAAGGCUGUGAAGGCAGAUGAAGGCUGCAGCAGAUAGGAAUCUACCGGUUUGUGGUGACUACUUCAUGCCAUCAGAACAGAGCCCUACUGCGAAGACUGUGCGGUGGUCAGUGUGCACUGAUCUACACACAUAAAACAAAUUCACGCACAGGCGUCUUCCAAAAACCCAACCCUUUACUGGAAUGCUGCCUGACUAUGAUGGUGGGACAUAAAAUAGGGUGGCGGGGGGAAAUGGAGCAGCUGGAAUCCUGACCAGGAGCACUCCGUGCAGCUAUAUUUGGGAAAGGGUCAGAGCUGAGUGGCAAAGCAUCUUUUGCAGGUUCAGUUCCCGGCAUCUCUAGGGAUUGUCCCCAGACUGAAAUCCUGGAGAGCUGCUGUUGAUGAUAUUGUACCCAUGUUGUUAACAUUCCUGGUAAAUCCUUAAACUUUUAAUUUAAAUUCUCCACCCUCCUCUCUUAAUAAAUUUCUAUAAGUCGCCCAACUUCCCAUCAUAGUUUUCUUUUUCACUGCUAUUGCUUCCAAAGGUGAAAGCCAAAGUGGUGUUUUAGUUUCCAAUUUUUUUUUUAUAUUUGUCCCAUAUUCUAUAUAUUUUUUUCCUAAUUAUAUGGUUUCACCUUUUCAUACCACAGAUGAUAAGUGUGCCAACCAAAAAUAUUAUUGUGACCUUCCAAAUGUAAAAUAUGUGGAUUCUUCAAUAGCAACCAUUCCUUCAAACAGCACAGACAAGAUGCUUCAUAAUAUAAUCUCAUAUCCGACAGGGAGAAACAUCCUCUAUCUUUCAUGUCUAUCGGUAUUUUAUAUUUUAUUCUUGGUUCCCCCCCGCCCUUGCCAGAUAUAUUUAUAAAUAUAUUUUUUGCUAUUUGUUGAAGCAAUCUGACUUGCUGAUCACUGGUAUUGAUUGGGGGGGAACAUUAUUGGUAAUACAUUCAUCUUUGUGGUUGACACUCUGCCCAGCAAUGAAAGUUUCAUUCUACCCCAUAUUUGCAAAUUUCUUUUAAUAUCCCCCCAGGUUUUCAAAUAGUUAUAUUUAUGUAGAUUCAUAUUCUUUGCUGUUAAAUAUAUACCUAAAUACUUAACCUUCUUUACGAUCUUUAGACCUGAUAUAUUUUGUAAUUUAUUUUUACUCUCAUCAGUCAUAUUUUUUACCAGGAGUUUGGUUUUAUCUUUGUUAAUUUUAAGAUCUGCUAUUUCACCAUUUUUAAAAAUCACUUCUAAUGUUUUUGGAAUUGUUUUUUUUUUAAAUGAUAUUUAUUAAAAGUUUAAAAAUUACAAAAAAGGAAAAAAGACAACAAUAAAAAAGAAAAAAAACCAUAGAAAAGCAAUACAACAAAAAGAAACAAAAAAAACUAAAACGCACAUCCAAUAUUCCAUAUCUUUACCAUUCCUUUACUUGUUUCAUCGACCUCCUCACACCUCCCUUUUUUUGUAUUCUAGUUCAAUUCACUAUUUCAGCAAAUUCUUUCCAUCUUUCUCAAUUUUUGUUCUAUAAUUUAUCUUAACAGUUUAACCUUAAAUUUUUCCAUUUUGGCCCAUUAUCAAUCAGCUUUUACUUAAUUCUUUGUUACAUUUCUACUAAAACCAUAUAGCUUCAUUCCAGCAUCCUUCUAACACUCAUUAAUUUUACAAUGUUUCUGUAAGUAUACUUUAAAUUUUUUCCAAUCUUCUUCCACCGACUCUUCUCCCUGGUCUCGGAUUCUACCAGUCAUUUCCGCCAGUUCCAUGUAGUCCAUCAGCUUCAUCUGCCAUUCUUCCCUGGUGGGUAGAUCUUGUGUCUCCAGUGCUUUGCAAUAAGUAUUCUUGCUGCUGUUGUAGCAUACAUAAAGAAAGUUCUAUCCUUCUUUGGCACCAAUUGGCCGACCAUGCCCAGGAGAAAGGCCUCUGGUUUCUUCAGAAAGGUAUAUUUAAAUACCUUUUUCAUUUCAUUAUAGAUCAUCUCCCAGAAUGCCUUAAUCUUUGGGCAUGUCCACCAAAGGUGAAAGAAUGUACCUUCAGUUUCAUUACAUUUCCAACAUUUGUUAUCGGGCAGAUGGUAGAUUUUUGCAAGCUUGACUGGUGUUAUGUACCACCUAUAAAUCAUUUUCAUUAAAUUCUCUUUUAAGGCAUUACAUGCCGUAAACUUCAUACCAGUGGUCCAUAACUGUUCCCAGUCAGCCAUCAUAAUAUUAUGUCCAACAUCUUGUGCCCAUUUAAUCAUAGCAGAUUUCACCAUUUCACCUUGAGUAUUCCAUUUCAACAGCAAGUUAUACAUUCUUGACAAAUUCUUAACUUUAGAGUCUAACAAUUCUGUUUCCAACUUUGAUUUUUCCACCUGGAAGCCUAGUUUUGUAUCCAAGUUAUAUGCCUCCAUUAUUUGAUAAUAAUGGAGCCAAUCUCAUACUCUGUUUUUUAAUUAUUCAAAGCUCUGCAGUUUUAAUCUGUCACCCUCUUGUUCCAAAAUUUCCCAAUACUUCGGCCAUUUGGCCUCCAUAUUGAGUUUUUUCUGAGACUUUGCUUCCAUUGGUGACAACCAUCUUGGGGUUUUAUUUUCUAACAAGUCCUUAUAUCUUAUCCAAACAUUAAACAGUGCUUUUCUUACAAUAUGGUUUUUGAACGCUUUGUGUGCUUUAACCUUAUCAUACCACAGAUAUGCAUGCCAACCAAAUACAUUAUUGAAACCUUCCAAAUCCAAAACAUCCGUGUUUUCAAGAAGCAUCCAUUCUCUCAGCCAACAAAAAGCGGCUGAUUCAUAAUAAAGUUUUAAGUCUGGCAGGGCAAAUCCACCUCUUUCUUUAGCAUCAGUUAAUAUCUUAAAUUUUAUAUGAGGCUUCUUGCCCUGCCAGACAAAUCUAGAGAUAUCUCUCUGCCACUUCUUGAAACAGUCCAUUUUGUCCAAAAUUUGCAGUGUUUGAAACAAAAACAGCAUUCUUGGCAAUACAUUCAUUUUUAUCACAGCAAUUCGGCCUAACAGCGAUAGCUUCUAAUUUGACCAUAUUUCUAAAUCUUUUUUCACUUCAGUCCAACAUUUUUCAUAGUUAUCCUUAAAUAAAUUCACAUUCUUAGCAGUCAUGUUAACCCCUAAAUAUUUCACUUUCUUAACCAGUGUCAGUCUUGUCUCCUUCUGAAACUUAUCUCUCUCCAUCUCUGUUAGAUUCUUCUCUAAAACCUUAGUUUUCGUCUUAUUCAACUUAAAACCUGCUACCUGACCAAAUUCUUGAAUUAGUUCUAAUACUCUUUCAGUGCUAGAUUCUGGCUCCUGUAAAGUCAAUACUAAAUCGUCAGCAAAUGCUUUCAAUUUGUACUGUUUGGCUCCCACUUGUAUACCUUUUACCAAUUGGUCCCUUCUAAUCAUAUUUAACAAAACCUCCAAGACUGAUAUAAAAAGCAAUGGAGAGAUUGGGCAACCUUGUCGUGUUCCUUUCUCAAUCUUAAAUUCUUCCGUCACUACAUUGUUCACAAUUAAUUUGGCCUUCUGUUCUGAAUAAAUUGCACCUAUACCGUUUCCAAAACUUUGACCCACCCCCAUCCCCAAUAAAUUCUUCUUCAUAAAACUCCAGGAAAUAUUGUCAAAAGCUUUCUCCGCGUCCACAAAUAUCAAAACUGCUUUAGUAUUAAUCUUCACUUGUAAUUUUUCUAAAAUAUUAAUUAUAUUCCUCGUAUUGUCAGACAAGUGUCUGCCCGGGAGAAAGCCCGCUUGAUCUUUGUGAAUUUCUUCUGUUAACACCUUUUUUAGUCUUUUAGCCAAAAUGUCUGCAAAAAUUUUAUAAUCCACAUUAAGCAAUGAUAUGGGGCGGUAGUUCUUGAGUUGUGUCUUUUCAGUCUCUGUUUUCGGUAUAAGUGUGAUGUAAGUUAAUGUUUUUGGAAUUGACUCUAUUGGUUCUUCUUGUUUGAAGAACAUUUGACGCCAACUUUCUCACUGGCUCUGCUCAUUCCAAAACCUGGGGGCCACUACAGCAGCCAGAUAUGCCAAAACAGUAGCACAGGAAGAUUUUCCUGUCAGAUCAUCUCCAUCUCAGGUAAACCACAGAUUGCUAAAUUAGGCCACACAGGAGCAGGGCCAGUAUUUAAAAGUUAACAACCCUGUGGGAAGGGGAAAUACUGAAAUCUGAUCCAUCCUGAUGUUAAAGCCCUCAUUCCUGGCAGGCUGCAGCCUUUGCACUUUCGUUUAUCUGCAAAUAUUUCAACACAGAAGGCAAUCCUUCCUCUUUCAUUAUAUAUCUCCUGAUUCCAGUUAGCUGGUAAACAAAGAAAGCAGCAGGUUUUUUUGUUAGCAUGUGAAAAAACCACCCCCAAAUUUGGACUGUUGUGUGAUUUAAAGAGUUCUGAGGCUGUAAUCCUCUGCACAAUUACUUUGGGACAAAGGGAAAUGUAUUGAUAAGUAAACAGAAAAAGAGAGGCCUAUCUGAGAGGGGUUUCAAAAAUAUAAAUCCCCCUACAGGGUAAGGAUAUUUGAGUGUGAAACCUUUGUAGGACUCACAUAAUGCUGUUCGCUUAUAAUUAGAAAGAGUGUGAAAUAGCUAUGUCUUUUUAAAGAAGUGUGAGUUCCUAUUAAUUUCCGUGCGAAAGAUGGAAAGAUAAGAUCAGAGAGCGCUUCUUCCUGCACACCGCCUCUUAAGACCUUCAAACAGAAGGCUCGGAAGCUACAGAGCGGGGCCUUCUUUGCAGUGGGACCAAGGCUUUGGACUGAGCUCUUCAAAGAAGCGUGGUGACUUUGGGAUAUAGGAAGCUGACCUGUUGAUCCAUCUAGCCCAGUACAAGCAGCUCCCCAUUGCUUCGGCCAGAGGUCUUUCCUAGUUCUGCUACCCAAGAUCCUUUUAGUUGGAGAAGAUAGAGUCUGGACCUUGAAUUCUCUGUAUGCAAAACAGAGGCAUCAGCUUCUUAGCAUGAUUAAGGGGGUCCUGGUGUUGCGUGACCAAUGUUGGGAGGAGCCAGGGGGCAGAGCUGAACGUCCACAAACAUUGCGUGGGCCCAGACUCCUCAAAAAUGACCCUCCACACACACACACCCCAAAAGUGCUUUGGCCUCUAGGAUCCAGUGCCUAUGAUGCAAAACAUGUGCUGGGCUGUUCACCCAGGAGAAACCAUGUGCACACAGAUGCACAUCUAAAAGGGUCUCUUGUCUGCACGAUUCAUUUACUUCGCAGAAGCCUAUCCUCCACAAUAAUGUUACCCCUGCCCACUUCUCUGUUGGAUUAUACUGGAAAUACAUUGUAGCCAAACAGUUUUUUGUUUUUUUUAACGCAGCCCCAAUGCUCCAAGUGGGGAGAAUUCCCAAGGGUGCAGUCUGGUUCCCUUGUUGGAAGAAGGUCAUGGGCAAAAGUGUCAAUUGUGUCAUCUCCUUGUCUCUCAUUUAAGUUCACUUCUCUACAUUUCCACAUUAGUUUGCAUCAAGGAUCAGCUGCUGUUUCAAAGCCCAGAUAAUUUUUUUUUCCUUGUUAGGGCUGGUCCAAGACAUUUUGCUGCCUGAGGCAGAGGAUAAGAUGGUGCGUUCCACCUGCAUGUUCUCCAUCCCCAAUCCAUGUACAGAAACCCACUGGACUGAGAGUUUAAUCUUGCUUCAACACUGGUGACGUUAGCUUCCCCCACUGCACCUAAGGGCAGAAGCCUAGUGUAGGGGGCACACACAGCUCUGUCCUCCAGUGGAAGGGAUCAGCUAGGGUCCUCAGGGCGAACAGCUGGAGGGCUGCUGCUCCCACUGCUGCUGCCUGAGGCAGUUGCCUUACUGUGUCUCAUGGUAAGGCUGGCUCAAGUUCCUUUGUCGCAUGCAGCCAACCUUUGCGUGAUCUCCAGUAUGUACUACAAUUAGCUGCUGCCUGCACUGUAACAUUUUGGCACAUUUGAAUUGAACCAGCCCCCACAAAAGGGCAGGCACCAAUCUCUAGUUUCAAUUCAUAUUGUGGUUUUAUGAUGCACCCGUAGUUGUGGUUGGGAAUCUUGGUUUCUUCUUGAGAGUGUAAAUGCGGUAUGUUCUCAUUCUGUUGCUGGGGCUACUCCCUCCUUCAGAUUCACAAGGUGACUUAGCCAGUAUGUAGGGAAAAUUUCCACAUGGGAGCCCUUCACGUUUGCGGGGAGGCCCCAGCAACAAAGAUUAUUUCUGUGCCCUGUGACUUCAGCCAUUUCCAUGCAAACGGUGCAACAUUUUGGGUAGUCUACAGCUGCUUCAAGGCACCAGACAUCACAUGCCAGCUUCCAGGUGGAUUAGAAAGAUCCCUUGCCACAAAGGCAAUUUUAAAACACCCUCCUUCUUAUUGCUUUCAGUGAGAGGGCAGCUCUUCUCCUGCUUGUAACUUCUUUGUUUUCCAUCCAAAUAGUGUGACAUUUUCACACAUACUAUUGCAUUUCCAAAAGAUUCGGUUUCGCCUAACUUUCGACAGAAAAUAUAAAGGCCAACCAGACAUAUUUGCAUAUACCAACUCCAACACCCGUAACCUUUCUGCGACCUGGUACACGCUGUUUCAGUUUUUCAUCUCAAAAGAAAGGAGUGAGAAAUGAGUGGCCUGGUUGCAAAGUACUGUAAAUGAAUUCAUUCAUUUGAAGUUCCGUUUGGUUAUAUAAUCAAAAUGAAUGUAACAAGUGAGCUGUGUUUUUAAAAUGAAAGCACAACCCAAGUGGGGUGCAUUUUUUUUUAAAAAACACAAAAAGCAGUGUGGAGGGGAGGGCAGGAUUUGGCCACACACACACAGCACUGCUAUACACACAGCCAGACCGUUGGUCCACCUAUCUCAGUAUAGUGGUACCUUGGGUUACAGACGCUUCAGGUUACAGACUCCGCUAACCCAGAAAUAGUACCUCGGGUUAAGAACUUUACUUCAGGAUGAGAACAGAAAUUGAGCGGCGGCAGCAGCACGGCAGCGGCGGGAGGCCCCAUUAGCUAAAGUGGUACCUCAGGUUAAGAACAAUUUCAGGUUAAGAACGGACCUCCAGAAUUAAUUAAGUUCUUAACCAGAGGUACCACUGUAUUAAUUAUACUGACUGACAGCAGUUUCCCAAGGUUUCAGGUAGGGAGUCUCUCUCAGCCUUAUCUGAUGAUGCCUGGGACUUUGUACAUGCAAAGCAAAUGCUCCACCGUUGAGCUUCCACCUUUCUCAGACACAUUCCAUUUCAGAUAAAAAUAGGCCACCGCUUCCCGCUCAGUUUGUGAAUGGAGCAGAAAUGGGAAACGAAUGGGAAUGGAAAGGAAUUAAAUGUACCUAAGUCCUUGCGGCUGCCUUGUUGUAUCUGGGGCCCCAUCUGCACUAUGCAGUUAAAGCAGUAUCAUACCGCUUUAAAUAGUCAUGGUGCCCCCCCUAAGAAUCCUGGGAACUGUAGUUUGUUAAGGGUUCUGAGAGGUUCUAUUCUCCCAUCGCAGAACUGUAAGUCUCAGAGUGGUUUAACCAUCAAUCUCUCUCCCAAGGGAAUUCUGUGAGGGGAACAGGAAUCUCCUCAGUACCCUUAACAGAUCACAGUUCCCAGGGUUCUUUGGGGGUAGCCCUAACUCUUUAAAGUGGUACGAUACUGCUUUAAAUGUAUAGUGCAGAAGGGGUCUAGCUUUUUCUUGCAGUGUAUUCAGCUGCUGUCUGAUGGACUCAGUCAGGUUGUCAAGCUUAGAAUUGACUCCAUCUUCCAGAUAACCUGUUGUUGUUUUUUUAAGCAUUUGUCUUGAUUUAUUUGCACAAAAUUUGCAUGGAGAAUUGCUGUUUAUUGAGCAUUCAGAUUUGUUUCCACGGGUUGUAUGACAUCACUGUCAUUCCACACUUCACAGUGCACUUUAUUGUUGCUUCCCUUACCUCAAUAAUAACAAUAAACGGGUUUAUUGCACAAGAGCACCAAACCCACUUCAAUUGUGCAACCUCUUCUUCCCACAGACCUGUGGAGGAAAUUGAACUGUGGUUUAGGGUUGUCAGUUGACCAACUCUGCUCUGCUCUUGUGCAUUCAACAGGAGCAUGACCUGCUGAUAUUACUAGGUAACAAUGUUUAUCUCCAUGCCAUGAAAUACUUUGCCUUCUGAUAUUCAAAUCCAACUGCUAUCUAUGGCACAGGGACAAUCUAGGUCUCUUUUCCCCCUGACUAGCUGGCAAACUUAGGUGCAGUAGGAAAUGACAGGAAGAUGACUUCUGGUCUGCUUCUUCUUACUCCAUCCACUCUGAAUAAACAUGGCACCUCCUCUUUCCACAGGUCCAUCAUCAUCGCUGGGAGACAAUAUUGACACCUCUCCAGUAGCCCUGUUCUCCUCCAAUGUCAGCAAGCAGUUUGGAUAUCAGGUCCUGCAGUUUGGAGAAGGCCCUGAUACUAGGUAAUCCCCCAGUCCAUGUGCCAGGGGAUGUGUGUGAAAGAUUUUUGUAUUGGGUUUCUCCUAACUGUGGGAAAUGAUUUUUGUGUUGGGUUUCUCCUAACUGUGGGAAAUGAGUGGUUACAGUUGGUGUCCCGCCCCAUAGUUUUUUUUAAUGCUUUAAACACCUGCCAGACAAAAAUCCCAACAUCAGGAAGCUCCAUCUGCUAAAUGUCCAAAUAUCAAGCUGUUGUGAAAGGCAAAAGAAAGCUGGUGCUGUGGAUGCCUUGCAGAAGCAUUAUUCAACCCUGUGGCCUCUGUAUGUUGUUGGACUACAACUCCCAUCAUCCCUGACCAUUGACUAAGCUGGCUGGGGAUUAUGGGAGUUGUAGUCGUAACGAACAUCUGGGGACCUAAGGUUGUAGAACACUUGCUUAAAGGGAGGAAUCAGUCAGGAAGCCGAACAAAAACUUAAUUGUCUAUCUGUGAUAAGUACAAAACAGUAGCAAGAAACUCCUCGUACCACCCAGAUGCAACCAAGUCUGGUGUCCCCUGCUAACUAAAUUAUAUAGUGAUGCAGUCUAUGUCCACACAAUUGUCAAUUUCAGGUAUGGCCUAAGCUGGUAUCUUAGCGAAAGGCAUUCCAUACUUUAGGACACCCUCGUGCGAAUCCUUUUUUAUUGAAGGGAAGGAAUUUUAAAGCAUUGUGAUUGGCUAUGGGUUGCCGUUGCCCUGUCUUCUCUGUCAAUUUGAACUGCUUCCCUAUGUAUAUUCAAGUGUCACAACUACCUAAACUGGGAAAAUAGGGUGGGGAGGCAAAACUUUCAAGUUCUUGGGGACCAGAUGUCCUAGCAAAAUGGUAGAAUAUCACAUAUUUUACUGAUGCAUUUGCUCUGUUUCUUCCACGGAGACAGUAGGUGGGACCCCGGCUAUAGUGAUAGUUUCCUUUUGGCUAGGAAUUUAAAAGAGCGGAUUGGCUGAUUUGAGAAUAUUGAUGGGGAAAAGCUGGAGAGUGAAGCCUCCACUCUCUGCAACUGAACAUGGAAGCAUUGUGGAGGACCAAGGGGGCACAGGAUUCAUCUAGGGUGGUGCCUUAGUUGCCCAAAGUGAGAAACCCCCACUGACAGCACGGCACAAAGCACACUACAACAUUUUUGCCUGGGAAAAGAGGAAUCCCAUACAUGUGUCUUCGACUUUCACUAUUCUGGAUUUAUAUUCUGUGACUGAGUGGAAAGUUCACAUCCUGUUUGGUUUCGUUGGGGGUUUUUUUGAGGGGGGGCACUCCCAACCUGUUCCCCUUUUUUUGAACUCUGUGUUAUCUUUUGCACAGUGUUUUCAAGAAGUGAGAAUGAAAAGUUGUAGCAGGGGGUGGGAGGGAAGAGGAGGGGAGGGAAGGGAAGGGCUGGUCCCUUUUUUAAUGGAUAGGAACCUCCCUAAGAGCUGUGCGGCAGGCAGAAAUUCAGAUGGUGCAGCUUCCCUGCAUUGUUUCAUUGCCACAAACCCAGUUUGUCUGCCUGAUUUCUGCCUGUCAUUAUGCUGUUAAAGGCAUACUUUGGGAACUGCAGCUUAAAGCUUAAAUCUUUACAUAACCCGUGCUAUUAAUUGUUGUCAGGAUCAUUGUGGGAGCCCCCGGUGAGCAGAACUCCACAGGCAAAGUAUACCAGUGUAACAUGCAGAGCGACACAUGUGAAAACGUCCCGCUUGACGGUGAGUUGUGGGACACUAGGAUGCAGGCUCAUUCCAGAGUGAUUAAUGUGCGUUUUACCUCCUCUCUCGAUCCACCAUACAGGCAAGCAUGAGGCCAGGUCAGAGUUGAAGGGCAUAUUCCAGCCAGGCAAAAAAGCUCAAGUCAGAUGUGGCGCAGGGCCAGUAGGAGGUGUGGCUGAGAAGCGGUUGUGGCCUGAGGAGAGUCCUCCUGAGGGUCAGAAAGAGUAUCUUGGGGGGCUGCAUUUGGCACCCAACCCUGAGGUUCCCCACACCUGUUGCAGACCCUGAAUAGAAAGUCCUCAGAGAGCUUCCACAACUUGACAAGAAUUAUGCCACAAGAAUUGAGGAAGCGCUCCAGAAUCUCCAUGUCAGAGGUGGUUCUAGGGAGAUUCCCUAACUGUCCCUGGUGGCCUGUUCAAAUGGCAGCCAUUUUGCCUUGGUGUGUGUGUGGGGGGGUGUGUGUCCUGACUGGCUUUUAGGCCUGUUCAGCUAUCUAGGGGGCAGGGAGAAUGGCUACAGAUCUGCAGGGUCUACAUUGAGUGUGUCUCAUUUGGCACGGAUCCAUCUGACCUCGAUGUCUCUUUGCAGGGGGCUCUGGGGUGUCUCACCUUGGCAUGACCCUGGCUAGCGACGUGCGAGGGUCGAAGAUGAUUGUGAGUCUGGGCUGGAAUUGCUUGGGGGGGGUGAAUUUGAGCAACAUAAACGGCACAGAGUCUUUGGGUCGUAUUCAACUCACUUUUAUUCAGAGUCGGCCCGUUAAAAUUAAUUGACCCAAGCUAGGCAUGGCCCGUUAAAAUUAAUUGUCCCAAGCUAGUAAUGACAAUUCAUUUUAGUGAGCCUGCUCUGAGGAAAAAUGUUAGUUGAGUACAGCCCUGUGUUUCCAAGAUUCAUUUGACUCUUAUGAUGAGAGUCUCAAGAAUCCUUACUGUUUAUUAAAUUUACUUCCCUCCCAAAGGAGACCAGGGUUGCCCCCAGAGACAUUUUGGUGCCUUAGGCGCAAACUCCAAAUUGCAAUGGGAAGUGCUUUUAUGCAACUCCUGUUUGUGUCACUUAAGACCUGUGUAGGAGAAUUUCUCUGGGAAUCAGCUCAGACUUCAUCUCUGCUGUCCAUAAUCUUCCACCUGGGAAACCCCUUCAAUCUUUGGUGGCCACAGAGUUCUGCUCUAUUCGGUUACUUCCGGAGAGUUCCUGAACCCCUCUUCUCCAUUCAUCCGGCUGUGGAGUUCCCUUGUUCCAGAACUUCCCUUGUCCCUAUGUAAUGCCAUCUAAUCGCUUACUCUUUUUAAUAUUUAUUUUUCACCUGUUACUUGAAACUUCCUCCCCUGCAGGCAUGUGGGCCGGGACUCGCAGAGCAUUGUGACAAAAAUCUUUACCUGAGCGGGAUCUGCUAUUUGUUUGAUGCCAAACUGCGCAACCCAGAGAGCAUAAAGACCGGAUACCAAAGUAAGGAGAAAAUGUCCCUUCACCCUGAGCAGAUCUCACAGUGGGGGAGGGUGCAGCCUAUGAAACCUUCACCCAGAAAAUUCUCAUGUUAAGCAAAGGUUGGAAACUCAGAAGAAGCUUCUGUUAUUUUAUUUUUAAAUAAAAUAGUUCCGUCUUUUGUUCUUUAGCCAUUGGUUCCGUCUUUAGAGAACAACUUCUAAAAUGUGAGCACUGUUUCAUAGGAAUGCAACUUGCAAAGUUCCUUCCAGAGAAGAGCUAGGUUAAAAGGUGAAACAAUACCUCAACCUCUUCCUAGCCUUUCCUCAAUGGACUGUUAAGAAGCAGUUUCUUGUUUCUUAAUAUUCCUGUUUGGACACAGGAAAUCUCCUCACCCAAUUGCCAGCUCUCUUGCCAGGCAAGCCAGAGUCCCAACACUUACUUGCAACUUCCCUCUUGUUUAUUUGCUUGAUUCUUUGUUUGUAUAUAGAUAUGCAUAUCCCAAUAGAUUGAAAAUGCAAGUAUUGAAAUGGAAACAAGCAAACAAAGAAUUACACUCUUUACAAAUACCAUGAGGUUAUGAGUAAAUUUUAAAUACUAUAAUUCCUGAGUAUCAAAGCAUAAACAAUAAAGAGAGAGAAAAAGGAAAACCAACUUACUUCAUGUAUUUAAUAUAGCUAAUAAGGAGAAGGUAUUAACUGGGUCAUUUUAUUUAUAUAUUUAUAAUAUUCUAUUUAUGAAGAAUUAUAUUCAUAUAUUAUAAAAUUGCAAUAAGAUAUAACCAACCAACUUUGGAACAGUAGUUCUUUAAACAUUGCCCAUUCUUGCUUGAAAUCAAUUUAUUUUCUUUUUCCCUGGUUGAACCCAAAGCAUCCAGGUAAUUUUACUUGAAGUUGGCAGUUCCCAUAGUUUAAUAAACCAUUCCUUCCCUGCCCAUAUUUCCAUCUAGACUAUAACCAAGCUCCCCAUUCGUCCCACAGAGUGCUUGAAAGGGAAUGUGGACCUGGUGUUUCUCUUUGACGGGUCAGAAAGCAUGAAAAAUAAGGAUUUCAGCAACAUUACGGAAUUUAUGAUUGAUGUGAUGGACGGACUAUACAACAGCACUGUACAUGUAAGAUAUACUUGUCGGACAUCAGAGGGUCACAGCCCAGGGCUUUGAGCAGCUGGAAAAACAAAGCAAACUUUGGAGAAGUGAGCCACAGUUUUGUUUGAUCAACCGUGGGACAACUCACAGUUAACUUGUGGUUUGUUAAACAAGCAAUGUCUUAAGCCAGCGGUUCUCAACCUGUGGGUCCCCAGAUGUUGUUGGACUACAACUCCCAUCAUCCCUGAGCUCUGGCCUUGCUAGCUAGGGGUGAUGGAAGUUGUAAUUCAACAACAUCUGGGGACCCACAGGUUGAGAAAGGCUGUCUUAAGCUAACCAUGGUUUAGUGUUACUUGUGAACCAGGUCAUUGUCCGUGGUCCUUAGUAGUACACCUUCAUCCUUCAGCCUGGGCAAAAAGGGUUAGCUUGUUUUGUGUUACUGUUUUGCCACAAUGAUGCACUCUUUCUGCUCUCCCCUUCCAGUUUGCUGCUGUGCAGUUUUCGAGCUCACCCAAAAUUGAGUUUGAUUUCAAUGAUUAUACAAGAAAUCCCAACCCUCGAGCACUCUUGAAAGGAGUGACACAUAUGAAAGGCAUUACGAACACCUUCAAGGCCAUCAGAUGUGUGGUGUGAGUAGCGUUGCUUUCAGUGGGUGGCAAAGUCAGGAAUGGGGCCCUUUGGGAAGGAGGGAGUGGGCUCUAACGGAUCAUGGGAUUAUGUGUCCUUUGACAAGAGAUACAUAAGCUAAGAACCUGCCUUGGAGCCUAGCCCCCCAACUCUAUCAUGACAGUGAGCAGAUACCAUCGGUUGUAGAGUACCAUCAUAAGGCAUAGCAGUAGCAGAGAAGUGCCGCCACUAACUAUAGGCUGUUUCAGGUUCAGAUUUUACUGUUCUUUGCAGCCAUAAACAUAAAAUGCAUACAGGAAUCAGCCUUAUUCCUGCUGCAGGGCAUGCUUUUACCCAGCUUAGAUUUCAGACUAUGUCUAUUGAAUAUUUGGCUGGUAGACUUUAUAGUAGGCAAGUAAAGGAACAUUUUUGCGAAUGCAGAAGAGGCCCAGCAGAAGAUGCCGUGCACUAUAUUUUAUACUGUCCUUCAUAUAAUUCACCAAGGAUUAAGUGUAUUCUUCCCCUUCAGGCCUCCUUACAAGGACACCCAGAGGAUUAUAAGACAAGAUGGCUGCUGGCUGCUGGCUGCUGGAUUAAGUCCUUCAGCUCUAGGGUAGCUUUAUUUACACUAGUGGCAAAAAAACAAAACAAAACUCAGGAGAGUCCUGACUUAUAUUAGUGCUAAUCAUUAAGGGAAAUUUUAAACUAAACGAAUAUUUUAAAUUUUAUUUGCAUUCUCAGGACUUAUCCCUGUUUUAUGUUCUUGGUGUUUACAGUGUGUUCUCAGAACGCUGUCUUGGGUUUGGAGGGUGGGGACCGCUUUUGACUUUUAUAAAAAGAGGCCUGGAUGUAAGUCACCCAAUAUGCCCAUCUUCUCCUGCAUUCUGAUUCCAUAGGAUUCAAAUCGUAGUACAAUACAGUGCAGCGUGAGAAAUAAAAGAAGCUUUAUAAGACACUCAAAUGAAUAUUCUGAUGACUGGCACCCACAAGAAAGCUUGUGGCAAAAUUUGAGAAAUUAGUCUUCUGUUCUGGAGGGAGUUAGAGAGAAGCAGGGGAAACUCUGUGUUUUGCUUAUACCUUGUUGAAAAUCAGUAAAAGUUCCUUAUAAGAUAAAUAAAAGCAGCAACAACUCAGUUAAAAAUCAAUAUGAAUACUUAAUGUGGACAUGCCAUGGACCACCUGGGUGAACCUUACAGACCACAGUUUGGGAAUCCAUGUUUUCAAAGGAUUUGCCUUGGUCCAGAAAAUAACUAUUCCCUUGUUUACUGAUGGCAGGGAUCAAGUUUUCAUUCCCGAGCGCGGCAUGCGGAAAGGAUCUAACAAAGUGAUAAUCAUCAUCACCGAUGGAGUUGCCACAGAUAGUGACAAUGGGGUCAUAGCCUCUGCCAAGAAAAAAGGCAUCUUGCGCCUUGCCAUUGGGGUAAAGUACCUAGGAGUUGUGUCUCAGCUUUGCAGGAUAGUGCUUAAGUUCUCCAAGGCCCAAACAGAAAACAGCCGGCAGGAGGCUGGAGGAGGUGCAGGAAAGUGGCUGUGGCGGCUGCGCUACCCCACACAUCAGCUGUUCGGUGGGGAGGCUGAGCAGCGCAAACAGAGCCUUGCUGUGCCUCCAGUCUAUUUGGGGCUUCAUCCGCCCUCACUGACAUCCUGUUCGGGCUCCGGGGAGGGUCUUCUCACCAGUCCCAAGGACUCUCUAUCACAUUCCCACCAUUUCUGCAUUUGAAUUAAAUUAUUUAAUUCCCAGCGCUGCACGUAUAUGUGGCCGCACGUGAGUCGAUCACUAAGCAUAAGUGGGGGGGGCGGACACCUGUAUAGACUCCCCACUGCCAAGUCCUACCUUGGUUUGCCUCAUCUGGUCCUUCCUUGUCUCUCCAGAUUGGGCAUUAUUUUAACACCGAAGAAGCUCAGGAUAAUCUCCGGGAAAUUGCCUCAGAACCCACAGACCAGUUUGUGAAGGUGCUGGCCACUUUUGAGGAGCUCAGAGGCAGUUUCAACGACCUCCAGUCUAAGAUCUAUGCGAUUGAAGGUGUUUAUUUGGGUUCAUGGAUUAGUCACUGGUUUGGCUGGGUUGGGUUGGAUGGGAUGGGAUGGAGAAGAGGGAAUGGUAGGGAACCCUGUCUUUCAAAACGAUAUCUUAACAAGCACCCAAAGCUCACCAGCAGAGUACUGGUCAAUCUGGAACUUUUGUGGGCAGGGCCAGAUUAAGACACGCUGCGGCCCGUAUCAAAUUUAAAAGGCUCUUUAGCAUUACCAAAAAGAAAUGGGUUUUAUUCUUUUAUUUUUAACCAAUUAUGUACGACUUGAAAUGCAGAUUUUUUGUUUUUUGUUUUGGUAUUUAGAGGCCACAUGUCUGAAGCCCUGAUCUGUAAUUUACUUUGCUUGUGUGUAAACCCAGAACUGUCUCUUGGGGCCGCCCCCUGUGGUACAGCUGUCCAGCACAUACCCUCAGGGAUUGGUUCAGGUGGUCCCAUGAACCAUAUGGGCAUAUCUGUGGAAAAGAUCCUGUGGGCAUCACCUGGUGGCAGAGAUUAAUUUUGGGAAGUGAGGUUGCAGGCCACCAACUUGUCCAAAAGACAGAUGGACCCUCUGAACUAGAAGCCACCCUGUCCACUCAUUUUGCUUGCGCACUUGCUGGGGGUAACCUGGCAGUAAGGUGAGUGCACCCUGGCCAUGCUCAGAGGGCCACACUCACCAUCUGCAUGCAGCAAUGGUGAAGUUCAAUCAUUAUCUACUAAAUUUGGUCACCUGUUCACAAUUUCACGACUCAGUUUCCUGUACUCCAUAGUUGUACUUUCUCAGCGCUCAUCCACACUUCCGUUUGCCCUGCCACUUUCCCCAAGGAAAACCCACAGUUUAGUACUGAAUUGGAACAAAUGGCCAUUGGUGGGUUUUUUGGCAGAUUGCUGUUUGUACUGAUUUAGCACUAAAGAGUGGGUUUUAUGGGAGGAAGCAGGGAGGGAAAGGGAAAACCUGUUCUUAGAAAGCAUGGGACAAGCAGAAUUGUUUACAGAUCCUCAGCUGAAGCAGCUGAAUCUCAGCCUCAUCUGCGGUGGGAGGUUUAUACAAAUACAUCUCUCUCUCUCCCCCACCUACCCCACCCAAUCUGUGUACAUUACAGGUACCAGUGAUACUGGCUCGUUCCACCUGGAGUUGUCAUCGAGUGGACUCAGUGCUGACAUAUCCCAGGUGAGCCAGAACUGUGGAACUCAGUGCCUCUUGGUGCAAUCUGCUUUGAAAAGCAGAGCGUAAACUUCUGGAACAAAUAAAUUAAAAGAAAUCUUUUUGUAGGUACCUGCUCAGCAGUAGGUCCUACUGAGCUCAUUGGGAGAUCACUCCCUGGCAAACGCAUGUAGGGAUUGCAGCCUGCAGGGUAAUGUCCGGUGCCAUUAUUUAUUUCCAUUUCCAUUUCUGAAUGGCUUCCUGCAAAGCCAUUUUGCAAUAUGUUAAAAAGCAUAAAACAAAACAGUUGCUUAUAUAUUAACAAUUAAAAAGAGCGGCAUAUGCUAAAUCCAGUACAGAUGAUGAAUGGGAUAAAAAAAUCUCUGCUUAGAAGCCUUGCUGAAAACUUGUCUCCUAAGCAUUGAUAUUGAAAUUGUUUCUUUCUUCCUUUUUCUCUCCAUGUCUCUCUCCCCUAUGGCAGGGCCGGGUGGUUUUGGGUGCUGUGGGUGCUGACAACUGGGCAGGGGGCCUGCUAGAACAGCAGAAGGGUUUGGCCGGUGAAAAGUUCAUCACGACUCCCUCAGUCAGGAAGGAGAUGGAAGGUGCCUACUUGGGUGAGUAGAGAAGGCCUUCCUUUCUCUGGGCCUCUGCACCAUCUCCCCCAUUAACUGGGCCUUUAUUUUCCAGCUCUGUGCACUGAGCACAUAUGUGUUGUUUGGGGUUUUUUGUUUGUUUGUCUGAACAGGGCUGUAUAUAGCUAUCUUUCCUAUGGACAGUUAUUUUUCCUACAUAGAGUUGGCAGCCAUACUGACCUUCCUCCAAGGUAGUCCAGCAGUGGGGGAAAGAGAAGGCCGCCAACCUUCCAGCGGUGCCUUCUAAGUGCGUUUCUUAUUGAAACACACAUGAAAGUGAAGGCCACGCCUUCAUCUGCCUCCCAGCUGAUGUCACAUGUGAUGGAGCAGGGCAGGAGAGGGGGUUUGGGGUGGGGGAACUGCCGCACGGGCCAAAUUAGGGCUCCUACCAGGCCUAAUUAAGCCUGUGGAGGCCAGAGAUUUCCCCUCCCUGUUGUAGACAAUUGCGGGUUUUGGUAUUUGUAAAAUUAUCAAUUAAGACCAGAAACGCGAAAUGCAGUUACAACAGUGACAGCGUAACUUCAUAGCUGUCAAGUGUCCCUUAUUUGAAGGGACAGUCCCUUAUUCCAGCGCCAUGUCCUGCUGCUGUCCCUUAUGAUGGAUGUCCCUUAAAUGAUGUCCCUUAAAUUUCAAAGGAAGCAGCUCCUCUCCCUCCCUGCCGGCCAGGGAGGAGGGAGGCUCCAACUGUGUUGCUUGGCUGCGUUGCUCACCCAAUAAGAAGUCUAAGGACGACUGGGGGGUGGAGCUUGCAUGCCUUGUGUGUGGCUAGUUAAUGCAAGCUGAGGGGGUUUUGAAUGCUGGAUGCCAUUUUGUUGCACGUGCUGCUGCAAACUUUGCAGUGCAAAGCCAGGCCGGGGAGCCAUCUUAAGUUGAGGCUGCAUAGGCCUUGUGGUGCAUGGGAUUCAGAUUCUAUUCAGUUGAACCUCUGGUUACAAAGUUGGUUGGACAGUGUUCUCGAAGCUACCAGCAUGAGUUUGACCAGACUGCAGGAGGACAGGAAGACUGGAGUGCCUGGAACAGGUGAGGCUGCAGGUCCCUUAUUUUGGCUGCUGGUCCCUUAUUUUCAAGGCUGCUGGUCCCUUAUUUUCAAAGUUGACAGCUUCUGUAAGUUGACAGCUAUGCGUAACUUGCACGUCACUGCAGUGUUACGCACCACCCUGAUCGCUAAGCAGUAAGAGACUCUAGAGGUUCCCAGAAUUUACCCAGGGUUUGGUUUCCUUGGAAUGAAGCUCAGUAGAGACGGUGGUGUCUUUAAGAUAUAUGACUUUAUUUACAUGUGUAUACAACUUGAAGGAAGGGUGGAGGGGCUCACAGCAGUAACUCUCCCACUGAACUUGCUGCAGACUGACCCCACCCCACCCUAACUCAUAAUAGUAGGAUGCCUCGGGCUUUUACCAAUACCUAAGGGUUAAUCCAUGGGUAGGCAAACUAAGGCCUGGGGGCCGGAUCUGGCCCAGUCGCCUUCUAAAUCCAGCCCGCUGAUGGUACGGGAAUCAGCAUGUUUUUACAUGAGUAGAAUGUGUGCUUUUAUUUAAAAUGCAUCUCUGGGUUAUUUGUGGGGCAUAGGAAUUUGUUCAUAUCCCCUCCCCCAAAUAUAGUCUGGCCCUCCACAAGGUCUGAGGGACAGUGGACCGGCCCCCUGCUGAAAAAGUUUGCUGACUCCUAGGUUAAUCUCAAAUUAACGAAAAGCCAAGGGGAUCUUGGGCAAAUGGAGGAGGAAGGGAGAAAGGAAUACAUACCUGGUAAUUGUUUUGUUGUGAGGAAGUGGGGUGGGUGGGGCAGACUUUGAGUGCCUUUUGGCCUCAGCUGUGGGGGAAGUGCCUUUUGACAACAGGUUCCUUUUUCUCUGAGGCUCUUGGCCCCCUCUCUGAUCACAGGGGGCCUAAAGAAGCUCGCUUUCUCCCAUCUUUCACAAGAUUCAUGGAUCUGAUAGGGGAGAAAGCUUCAUUGCCUUUUUGCACGUUGAAAGCAGGACUUGACCACCCAGAGUUGGGGUGGUUAGAGAUGCUGGGCUUGCUCUGAACUUAAGUUUCUGAGAGCUCUUAGCAAUUUUAUAGAUCUCUGUGUUGCAAAACGCAGGGCAAAGUGUGUGUGUUGUGUAGAAAUGCCCCUAGUCUAACCUUUUCCUUUGGUAUCGCCACCUGAUGGUUCUUUUUUCUUUUCUUUUCUUUUCUUUUCUUUUCUUUUCUUUUCUUUUCUUUUCUUUUUUUUUCAGGGUAUGCACUGAAAUUUCUACACCAUCAACAGAGAGAGCUCUAUGCUGCUGGUGCCCCUCGAUAUCAACAUGUGGGAAGAGUCCUCAUAUUUGAGGUCAACUCCAGCACAACCAAUUGGACAUUAAAGCAGGACAUUCCAGGGCAGCAGGUGAAGAAAACAGGGCUCCUAGAGCUGGGAGGGUCUGGACAUUCUGGUCAACUUUGAUGCCAGGAACGAGGCAAAAGGAUGAUUAUGGCCCAGUAGGACCAAAAGAGUCCCCUCAUUUUGCAGAGCUGAUGAGGCUGCAUACACACACCCUGCGCCCCUUGUGCUUUUACCACUGGUAUACAUGCAUUAGCCACAAUCUUUAUCUAUCCUGUUGUUUCUUAUGAAAUAAUACAUUUCGAUGAGUAAUUCCCAAAGCAACCUCAGCCUGAAUUGAGAAAAAGAACAACUUGGUUAGGUUUUGUUUUUUUUUAAUGAUAUUUAUUAAAGUUUCAAAGAAAAGAUUACAUAGAUAAACAGAAAAGAAAAAGGGAAAAAAAUAAAAAAGAAAAAAUUACAAAAUACAGAAAAAAGAUAAAAAACACUUAAAAAAAACAAAACACAUCGAUCUUUCCAUAACUUACAUUUCAUUUCCUUACUUCCCUGACUUCCUCACACCUCCCUUUUUUGUAUUUCAGUUCUAUUAGUUAAUUCAGCAAUUCCUUUCCCUCUUUGUUUUUAUCUUAGUCCUUUAACUUAACAUAUUAUAACUUUAGAUUCUCAUCUGUUAACAAUCCAUUUGUGCAUACACCUUUAUAACAUCGCUGCUAAGACCACUUAAUUUCAUUCUGACAUCAUUCUAACAUUCAUUAAUUUUGCAGUAUUUCUGUGGAUAAUCUUUGAAUUUCUUCCAAUCUUCUUCCACCGACUCUUCUCCCUGGUCUCGGAUUCUGCCAGUCAUUUCCGCCAGUUCCAUAUAGUCCAUCACCUUCAUCUGCCAUUCUUCCAGAGUGGGUAAAUCUUGUGUCAUCCAAUACUUUGCAAUAAGUAUUCUUGCUGCUGUUGUAGCAUACAUAAAGAAAGUUCUGUCCUUCUUUGGCACCAAUUGGCCGACUAUGCCCAGGAGAAAGGCCUCUGGUUUCUUCAGAAAGGUAUAUUUAAAUACAGUGGUGCCCCGCAAGACGAAUGCCUCGCAAGACGGAAAACCCGCUAGACGAAAGGGUUUUCCGUUUUGGAGGUGCUUCGCAAAACGAAUUUCCUAUGUGCUUGCUUCGCAAGACGAAAAUGUCUUGCGAGUUCCUGCAGGGUUUUUUUCCUUUUUCCCUUUUUCCCAAGCCGCUAAACCGCUUAUCAGCUGAUGGCUAAGCCGCUUAACAGCUGAUGGUAAGCCGCUUAUCAGCUGAUCGUUAAGCCGCUUAUCAGCUUAUCGUUAAGCCGCUUAUCAGCUGAUCCUUAAGCCGCUUAUCAGCUUAUCGUUAAGCCGCUUAUCAGCUGAUCCACUAAGCCUGCUAAGCCGCUAAUACUGUAGCACUAAUCCGCUAAACUGCUAAUGGGCUUGCUUCGCAAGACGAAAAAACCCGCAAGACGAAGAGACUCGCGGAACGGAUUCUUUUCAUCUUGCGAGGCACCACUGUACCUUUUUCAUUUCAUUAUAGAUCAUCUCCCAGAAAGCCUUAAUCCUUGGGCACGUCCACCAAAGGUGAAAGAAUGUACCUUCAGUUUCUUCACAUUUCCAACAUUUAUUAUCGGGCAAAUGAUAGAUUUUUGCAAGCUUGACUGGUGUCAUGUACCACCUAUAUAUCAUUUUCAUAAUAUUCUCUCUUAAGGCAUUACAUGCCGUAAACUUCAUACCUGUGGUCCAUAACUGUUCCCAGUCAGCCAUCAUUAUGUUAUGUCCAACAUCUUGUGCCCAUUUAAUCAUAGCAGAUUUAACUGUUUCAUCCUGAGUAUUCCAUUUCAACAGCAAGUUAUACAUCUUUGACAAGAUCUUCGUUUUGGGUUCUAACAGUUCUGUUUCUAAUUUUGAUUUUUCCACCUGGAAGCCAAUUUUCUUGUCCAAAUUAUAUGCCUCCAUUAUCUGAUAAUAAUGAAGUCAAUCUCGCACUUUAUUUUUUAGUUUUUCAAAACUCUGCAGUUUCAAUCUGUCUCCCUCUUGUUCCAGAAUUUCCCAAUAUUUUGGCCAUUUGGCCUCCUUAUUGAGCUUUUUCAGAGCUUUCGCUUCCAUCGGUGACAGCCACCUUGGGGUUUUAUUUUCCAGUAGGUCUUUAUAUCUUAUCCAGACAUUAAACAAUGCUUUCCUGACAAUAUGAUUUUUAAAUGCUUUAUGUGCUUUGACCUUAUCAUACCACAAAUAUGCAUGCCAUCCAAAUACAUUGUCAAAACCUUCUAAGUCCAAAAUGUCUGUGUUUUCAAGAAGCAGCCAUUCUUUCAGCCAGCAAAAAGCUGCUGAUUCAUAAUAAAGUUUAAGGUCUGGCAGGGCAAAUCCACCUCUUUCCUUUGCAUCCGUUAGUAUUUUAAAUUUUAUUCUAGGCUUCUUGCCCUGCCAGACAAAUCUAGAAAUAUCUCUCUGCCACUUCUUGAAGCAAUCCACUUUGUCCAAAACUUGCAAUGUUUGAAACAAAAACAACAUUCUAGGCAAUACAUUCAUUUUUAUCGCAGCAAUACGGCCUAGCAGUGAAAGCUUCUAAUUUGACUAAAUUUCUAAGUCUUUUUUCACUUCAGCCCAGCAUUUUUCAUAAUUGUCUUUGAAUAGAUUCCCAUUUUUUGCUGUCAUGUUAAUCCCCAGGUAUUUCACUUUCUUAACCACUGUUAAACCUGUCUCAUUCUGAAACCUCUCUUUCUCAAUCACAGUUAAGUUUUUCUCUAAGACCUUUGUUUUUAACUUAUUCAAUUUAAAUCCUGCAACCUGACCAAAUUCUUGAAUCAGUUCCAAAACCCUUUUAGUACUAGGUUCUGGCUCCUGCAAUGUCAAUACUAAGUCAUCUGCAGAUGCUCUCAGUUUGUACUGUUUAGCUCCGACUUGUAUACCUUUAACCAAUUGGUCCUUCUAAUCAUAUUCAGCAGGACCUCCAGGACCGAUAUAAAUAGCAACGGGGAGAUUGGGCAACCUUGUCGUGUCCCUUUUUCUAUCUUAAAUUCCUCCGUCACCACAUUAUUUACAAUUAAUUUAGCCUUUUGUUCUGAGUAAAUUGCACUUAUACCGUUUUCAAAGCCUUGGCCUACCCCCAUCCCCUGUAGGUUCUUCUUCAUGAAACUCCAAGAAAUAUUGUCAGAGGCUUUCUCCGCGUCCACAAAUAUCAAAACUGCCUUGGUAUUUAUAUUCACUUGUAGUUUUUCUAAAAUAUUGAUUAUGUUUCUCACAUUGUCAGACAAAUGUCUACCCGGGAGAAAGCCUGCUUGAUCUUUAUGUAUCUCUUCCAUUAGGACUCUUUUUAGUCUUUUAGCCAAAAUGUCUGCAAAGAUUUUGUAAUCCACAUUGAGCAGUGAUAUGGGGCGGUAGUUCUUAAGUUGGGUCUUUUCAGCCUCUAUUUUCGGUACAAGUGUAAUAUACGCUUCUUUCCAUGACUCUGGUGCCCUUUUCCCACCCAUUAUUUCGUUACAGACUUCCUUUAAAGGUUGUACUAACCAUUCCUUCAAGGAUCUGUAGUAUCUAGAAGUCAGUCCAUCCGGUCCUGGAGAUUUACUUAGUUGCAUAUUCUGAAUGGCACCUUCUACCUCCUGUUCAGUUAUUUUAUAGUUCAGCAUUAAUUUAUUUUCUUGAGAGAUUUUUUGUAAUCCAUUUGUUUUCAAAAAUCGGUCUACAUCAAUUUCUUUCUGUGGCCCUUGUGUAUAUAGUUGUUUAAAAUACCUCUGGAAACAAUUUCUAAUCUCAACUGGGUUCUGUAUAUUCCUUCCUUCCACUUCUAAAUUUGUGACAGUAUUUAGUUUUUGUCUUUUUUUCAUUUGCCAAGCCAACAAUUUCCCACAUUUAUUAGCCGACUCAAAUGUCUUUUGUCUCAUUUGUUUAAUUUUCCAUUCUAUCUCCUGAUUCAUCAUUUUCAUGUAUUGUACUUGAUAUAACUUUAUUUCUCUCAAAAUCUCUUGCGACUUUGGUUUUGCUCUCAAUUUCUUUUCACUUUCCUUUAUUUUCUCCAAUAGUUUAUCCUUCUUCUCAUUUUGGAUUCUCUUCUUUAAUGCAUUCUGUUGUAUCAAGAACCCUCUCAUAACAGCUUUGCUUGCGUCCCAGAUUACUCUUUUUUCAACAUUGGUGUUCAUAUUUAUCUCAAAAUAGUCUCUCAAGGUUUUUUGGGCCUUCUUAAUGACUUCUUCAUCUCUAAAUAAGGCAUCAUUCAUCCUCCAUCUGAAGGAGCCAGUUGGUGUUAGUUUCAUCUCCAUCUUAACAGCAUUAUGGUCGGAGCAGGUUUUUGGGCAGAUUUCCGCUUUUCUUGUCUUUGGUGCCAUUCCUCUAGUUAACCAUAUUUGGUCAAUUCUUGUCCAUGUCAGUUUGGCUUCAGAAAAGAAGGUUCCCUCUCUGGCCAGGGGAUUCUUUGUUCUCCAGAUAUCAACUAAGUCCAAGUUGUCUGUCAUCUCAAAAAAAGGUUUUCGGUAGUCUACCAUCCUUAGUGACUACCUGUCUUUGUGCCUUGUCCAUAUGUGUAGAUACCACUCCAUUCAUAUCUCCCAUCAAAAUUACAUUAUAGUCCAAAUAAUCCAUUAAGGUCUCAUGCAACUUUUUAAAGAAUUCAGAUUUCCCCUCAUUUGGUGCAUAAACUCCUACUAUUAAGAAUUUCUCUCCUUGUAUUUGAAUUUCAAUUGCCACAAAUCUUCCUUGAUCAUCUUUGAAGGUAAAUUUCGGUAAUAGUCUCUCCUUUGCAUAAAUCACUACUCCUCUUUUUUUAACUUUAUCCGAAGAAAUAAAUUCCUGGCCCAGUCUUUCGUUAAUCAAUACUUUCCUAUGUAACCUUGUUACAUGUGUUUCCUGUAAGCAAAUCAAGUCCAAUUGUUCCUUUUUUAAUAAAUGAAACACAGAUUUCCUUCUCUGAGGGGAGUUGAGACCAUUACAAUUCCAACUUAAUAGUUGCAGUGCCAUGAUGUAGUUACUUUACUUCUCCUCCAACUGCACCAAGUGCCUGUUCCUGUUCUGUCGGUGGUAUCACCUUCUCCAGGCGGUCUUUUAAUUCAAAAGGUAGUCUUGGUAUGUCUAAAGUUCCUCUUUCUAGUAUUCUUGACUCAUCUCCAGCUCCUUUCUGCAGGUCUUCUCCGUGGUCUCUCAGAAAUCUUUCUUUGUCGUCCUCUGAUCUUAUUUUUGUCUUUCUUCCUUUGAAACUAAAGGAAAGGCCUUGGGGGAAUUCCCACCUAAAGAUAAUUUUGUUGCUUCUCAGCAGGGCAACCAAGUCUCUAUAGUUGGAUCUAAGGUCCAAAAGAUAUUUCGGAAUGUCCUUAAAUAUCUCCACCUUUGACUGAUGUAUUUCCAAAGUCUUCUUGAAGUGCAGACUCAAGAUUUUGUCUCUCUCCUCUUUUGUUCGGAGGGUGAUCAAACAGUCUCUCACCCUGUUCUUCUUCCCUCCUCUUCCAAGCCUGAAAGCGCUCACUAUCUUAAAGUUGUCCUUCUCCAAGUCUGGAUUCCAAAAGUCUGCAAAUUCCUGGGUAAGAAAAUCAGUCAAGUUGUCUUUCUCAAGUUCAGGUACGGCCCUGAUCCUCAAAUUCAUUUGUUUCUCCUUCAAUUCAAUCGUAGACAGUAUUAACCUGUGGUCUUCAAGUUGCUUGUGUAUCAGCGGUAUCUUCUCUUCUACAGCAACUGCUAUUUCCUUUGCUUUUUCAUCUGUCUUUCGGGUCGAAGUAGAUUCCUGUAGCAAUUUCUCAAUAGUUUCUGUGUUAGUAUUUACCUUCUGUCCCAAAUUGUUAAUACUUGUGGUAUUUUGAUCAAUUUUAACUGAUGCUUCAGCUACUUGUUUACUUAUUUUUUCCAGAGAUUCAUUAAUUUUGCCUAGUGCCUGAGCUAAAGCAUCUUCGGAUGCCAUUCCUUUGGGUUUAGAUUGUACCAAUGCAGCCCCUGUUGGUAAGCCAGAAGGGCCAGAAGGGCCAGAUGUUGAUGCUCUUUGCUGCAGCCCAACGUCUGGGCGAAAUGAUCUACCAGACCUCGUUGUUUUUUCCUGAAGCAAAUCUAUUUUCUCUUUUCCAUUUGCCAUAACACUCUAGAUAAGGCCCAAGGUCAAUCCCACGACCAGAAUUUGUUUUGAAGUGGAAAAUUCCCCUGGCCCAGUUAUUGUUGUAACAGUUUCAAACUUCCUCUAGGGGGACACAGUAGCAGUCCAAAGUUGUUACCUUAAAAUAAAUAACCUUUUUUCUUUUAAUCCCCUCAGUUCACAAAAUAGACGACAGUUUCAAUUUUCAGUUAUUUUCCAGUUACUUUGAAACCAGGAGAAGCCGGCCAAAAAUAUUGUAUCCCACUUGUAUCUCACUUGCAGAGUUAGCUGUCAGAAAGUACUUUCACCAAUAGCGCAUUUCACAGUACGGCAUUCUUAUUGUCAUUGGCAGCCCGUUCCCAGGGUUUAAGCGGUGGAUUUUAGCUUCCUUUUCUCUCUUUUUGCAGGGAAAUACAGUUCACACCUUCCCCCUCCUUUCCUGCAAACAAGGGGGGAAAUCGCUUGUUUUGAUGAUAGAAUUAUAGUCCUUUUCAAACGUCUUUCAAGGUUUUAGCUUGCCAGUUCAUUGCUUUACUCUAUUUACAAGGAACGGGAGGCAGACUUCCUGUUUGUGCCUCUCCGCUUCGGUAUCAAAUUACUUCUUUAUUCUUAGUUCUCUUUAAUUCCCAAAUUAGCCUACUCACGGAUCGUUGUUUUGUAGCCAAAUUGUCACAGGAAAAAGGUAGCGCUCUCCGGUAACGGCUGUGCGGCUUCGCUCCACGGAAGAAGCAGUUGACUCACAGCACCGCGCCGCUUCCCCGCUUCACUCCGGAACCCGUAAUCGGGCUCCUUUGCAAAUUGGGGGGGCGCAAAAGGUGCCCGCCGAGUCCCACGGUCACAGGCUUCACCCGCCUGUGAUUUUUGGAGGGUCCCCGCUUCGCUGUAGCGGUACAGACCUGAUUUCCACAGAGCCGGUCCCCUCCGAGUCAGAGGGAAUCCGCCAUUACCGAUGGCGCCACCCCGGAAGUGACUUGGUUAGGUUUUAAGCCAGUAAUGUGUUCACAGCCCCAGCAGCAGCGAGAGCCAAAGGGUAGCAGCUGCCACACUAAAGGCUGGGUGGUAUUUGCAGGAUACCCCAUCUUGCAAUACACAACGAUUGGAAAUUGUGUGUGAGAGAGAGGGGUGGGGUGGGGGGGGUAGAGAGAAUAUUUUAGUUCCAGUUAUAUUUUGGUUCCAAGCUGCAUAGGGCUUUGUACACCAAAUAGCAGCACCUUGUACCUUGUAUGUCAGCUAAGUGGCAGCAAGUGCAUUUCUGUUGUUGUUAUAAAAUUUAAAUUUAUGCUGCCCUUCAUCCAAAGAUCUUAGGGCAGUUCACAGGAUAAAAAUAUAGGAGAAAUGCACAAAAUAAAUAGUUUAAACAAAACAAAAUAAUAACCCCUCCCCCUCCCACGAACACAUUUAAAAGCCUGUAGAAUAUUAAUCAGCCAAACGCCUGGUUGAAGAGGAACAUCUUCAUUUGGGGCCUAAAGAUGUAUAAUGAAGGUGCCAGAUGAACCUCCCUGGGGAGAGCAUUCUACAAAUAGGGAGCUGCUGCGGAAAAGGCCCAGUCUCAUGUUGCCACCCUCCAGACCUCUCGUGGUGGACACACACACACAGAAGGGCCUCAGGUGAUGAUCACAUGGUCUGGGUCAGGUCAUAUGGGGAGAGCCACCUAGGUCACUAGUUGGCCUUAGGCAAGCAGCACUCAGGCUCAGGCUCUGAGGCCCCGGAUCUGCAAGAUGUGUGUAUGUUUGAGGAUGACAAUACUGACUUCCCUUACAGGGUUGUUGAAAGGAUUGCAGCUAGAGAAUGCAAAUAAAGUGCUCUGAACGGGCUGUAUAAAUCUUAAGCAUUAUAAAGCACAUCUUGAGGCAACCUUUGUGCAAGGGCCACCCCUUUCACCCCGGAUGUUUAAAUAUUUCUUUUGCAGAUUGGAUCAUAUUUUGGGGCAGCGCUCUGCUCUGUGGACGUAGAUGGCGAUAAGGAAACAGACCUCCUCCUUGUUGGAGCCCCUCAGUAUUUCACAGAGAUGAGAGGGGGCCGGGUUUACGUGUACACCUGGAAGCAGGUGAGCAGAGCUGUGUGUGUCCUGUGCACCUGUGCAGGAAUCCCGCGUUGUCUCACAGAAUCAGUGGUUUUGAAAGACAGCAGCCUUUCAAGGGCACCUCUCUUUCCAGGGUACACUUGUUCGCCAGGGGGAGCUGACUGGGGAUCCAGGAUACCCCUUGGGCAGGUUUGGAGCUGCCAUCGCAGACCUGUCAGAUAUCAGUGGGGAUGGACUGAUGGAUGUGGCCGUUGGAGCCCCCUCGGAAGACGAAGAGAGAGGAGCUGUCUACAUCUACAACGGACACGAGAAAACCCUGCAGAUGCAGUACAGCCAGGUAACCAAAUAGGGCUACAGCACUAACUGGCCUGCCCAUGUGCCGUGAGGGUGGAAGAACCACUACAGGAAAUGAAGGAAUGUUAGUAAUGAAAUGCUCCUCUGCCCACCAAGGAGCCUUCCUCCUACUUUCACUACAUGCUCUGAGUCUUGCUCAGAACAGGGACUCGCACAGAACCAUGGAGGUGGGGUAAUUCUUAAAGGUUCACAUUCUAAAAAUAAACUUUGGGGGGAGGGUGUGUGCGCGCACACAUAAUGGCAAUGUGUGCCCUUGGUUUUAAUUGGGAGGGGAAAGAGUGUGGAAUCUUGGGAGCCUUAAGAGUUGGGGUGGGGAAGCCUGCGGCACUCAAUAUCGGGGUUGGGGAGCCUCUUUGAAUUUGUCCACCUGUCGAUCACAGUAAGUCAUUUGGCAUAUUGCAAUGCCAGGUUAUUGAACUGUCAAACUUCAGCUGCGCAGGGUGUGGGAGAUCCAGAUUCUCCCAGCCCUGCUUUAGCUGAUGCCAAAAACUCAUAAAAAUUAGCACCAGUCAUUAAGCUGUAGGAAGAAGCGCAAUUUCUUUUGGCUUGUAUUUGAUCUGUUCGUCCUCCUGAAUGGUCACAUUGCCUCUUUGCAUCAUUCUAGCCAGUAGCAUUUCUCUCCCACAGAGAAUUUCAGGAGCCAGAAUUUCUCCUGGCUUGGUCUUCUUUGGACAGUCUAUCCAUGGAAAGAGGGACCUCAAUGGAGAUGGCCUCACCGACAUUGCCGUGGGAGCUCUGGGGAAGGUUGUGGUGCUUCGGUGAGUGGCUCUGCGAGAACCAAGACUCUUGCGCUCUCCCAGAGGGCAGCUGGGGAGUCUAAUGAGUUUGUGGUUAGGGCAUCCAAUCAGUAAUCAGUUCAGCUUUUUCAUUUUCUGUCAGAGGCAACCUGUUGCCUUCAACCUAACACCAUGUCAGAGCCAGAGAACCCUGGGAAAUGUAGUUUGUUAAGGGUUCUGAGAUUUGUUAGGAGACUCCUAGUCCCUUCACAAAGCUACAAUUAUCAGAGUUCCCUCGGAAGAGGAAUUGAUUGUUAAAACCACUCUGGCAACUGUUGCUCUAUGAGGAAAAUAGGGCUCAGUCCCCACUGAAUUCAUUUGCAGUUUAUUUACCCCCAUCCAGGUACCAGUUUAGGACAUGCACCAUCUACCCUGAUUCAGAUGUUGCAGAGAAAUAGAGCUGGCGGGGGUUUAUCAUCAGCAUGCUGGUGACCCCUUGCUCCAAAUCUAACGACUGUCCUCACCUUGGGGGCCCCAAAGCCAGAACAUAAACAUUUCUCUUAAAUAAAACAACAACCCAAGUUGCCGUCUCUGGUUCCUGCAGCUCCAGACCCAUCAUUACCGUGGUGACAAAGGUGCACUCCUCGCCCAAGGAAAUCCCACGGGAAGAUGUGGAGUGUCUGGGUGAUGCCAGCACCUGGAAGAAUCUGGUGGUCGACCUCAGCAUCUGCUUCAGCACUAGCUUGGCCACCAAGCACUACCAAGGUGAGGGUUACCAGGGAAUCGUGGACCUUGCCUUGAGCCUAAUCCUGCUGUCACCCACAUCUGCAGCAUAGAGGACUGACCUGGGGGCUGAGGCAUAACCUGUUCCCACAGUAGCUGUCUUUCCCCAAAAAGUAUCCCACAUAUUCCACACUACCUGUUCUGUCUGAAAUUGGUACCUUUUGUUCACCUCCCUCACCUUUUAUACAAAAUUCAGACAACGGCCUCGCCAAGCCACUGCAUCCCAGCAUUUUCUGUGCUGUCCUCUCAUUUUUUCCAGACCAAUUGGUAGUGAUUAUUGUUCCACUUAAAAUUUGUAACUGCAGUACCAGUUUACUUCCCUUGCAUGCAAAGACAGGCUCCAGCGGAUGGAGAGGAUGAGACUAACAGUGGGUCCUGUUGUCAGGAAGGCGGUUUCUGCAUGUGCUGUGGAGGGAAGUGAGGGGCAGAUGGGACUCAUCAACCUGGGAAGGUAGCCCAAUUAGGAGAAGGAAAACACUGAGCCUAAGGCUAAGGAGUAAACCCUACACAAAUCCAGAGUGGAGUCCCUAAAACAGACAGCACCUUGUAUACCUCCUUCUGGCAACUCCUGCUGCCAAGCUGGUGCCAAACAUCUUGCUGUGCUUUCCUUUGGACCACAUAAGCGAGGCCAAGAGGGGGUCUUGUUGUCUGGGCAGCCCAGGACCUCCAUACAUACUGCCCAGACUUAUGCUCCAGGGAGGUCACUUUGAUGCUAUUUAUGCAAUGGACUUCAUCCCCGGAUGCCCACUCCAUUGUCUCUUGAGACAAACAAGUGUCAUAAAAAAAAGGACCAGUUUGCUCGGCUGUUUGACUGGCAGAGCACUGCAAGGCCUUUAAGAACUGCUGUGCCUUGAUUUCAAAGCAUCCUCUUCGCUGCUUGUGCUCUUUUCAGUGCUUUCUGUUUAGUGCAACAGGAGCAUUCUUGAUGAAUAGCCCCAUAACUGGAUUUGCAGUUCCUUUCAGCGGGGGUCUUCAAUUACUGGUACACUGAUUGUUUUUAUUUUUGAAAUAGCACUAUUUCCCUCUGAAAGAAAAAUGAAAAUAAGAAAAAUAUGAAGGGGAUUGGGGGUGGGGGAACCACACUAUUUGGAUCAGGAACUGAAUUAUUACAAAACAAUCAAAGGUCAAUUAAUAAGCAAUGAUGCUACAGUACCAAACAAGAAACAGAAAGAGGCAACAGCGGUAAGGAGGCAGCUACUAAUUAACAUUUCGGUGGGUUCUUGCUGGACAGGAAUUACUUCUGACAAAACAAGGAUCUUGGCAUAAAAUAGCACCCUACCCCAUCUCCCCCAAUAUUUCCUCCAUGUGGUCUUCAUCCUGCUAUCCUUCCACUCAAGAGUGUUGGCUGUCUUUUGUCAUCAGUGCAUCAUCCCUUUAUAUGCAUAAUCUCUCUCCCGCUUUCCCUCCAGGACCCCUCUCUCCCAAGCUCUCCUUCCGCUUCGAGAUCGACCGGAACAGGAUGAGGCACCGAGGAGUGUUUAAGAAUGGCACAAAAGUCACAGAUGGGGUGAAGGAACUCUCUCUGGGAGAAGUGUGCAUACAGGAGAGCAUUCUCUUCAAGGUAAACAGAGGGUUGUCCUCACUUUCAUGAAGCUUCACCUGGGGUGAGAUAUGGCAGCUGUCUACACAGUCAUCUAUUGUGUGUUGCUGAAGAUGCGGCUGCUUCUGGGGUGGGUGCCCAAGAACCCCUCUUAUGAGAGUUCUGGCUUCAAUAUCUGUAAGGGUGGUGCAUGAAGUUAUCUGCCAGCUGCCUCCAUUCCUUUUCAGAGCUGCAUUGAGGAUUACAUAUCGCCUAUCAAGCUCUUUAUGAACUUCUCUCUUGGGCGUGACAACAACCCUAGCAAUGGACACCCUAGACCUGUUCUGAGCCCCCUAAGUAACGCAGUGACGGUGGAGGUGAGAGGACUCCUGAUACCUUGAAAGUAGGAUUACAGGGACCAUCCAGGUGGCCUUUUUACUCUGCAUUCACGAUGAUUUGUGGUCAUGAUCGUAAUGGGGCGGUUAGACACCAUCCUGGUUUACGCCUACAAAAAAAAUUGGGAUAGGUUUUUCAUUUCCAGUCAGCGCAUGGAAUCCUGUGGAAUCCAGCUGAAAUCCUGUAACUUUUUAUGCCGCAAAUGUUUUCAGGGUGUUGUUGUCGUCGUCGUCCUGCUUCUGUUACACAAGAGUGCCCCUCCAAAUGGCAAUAAUGCAAUUCCAUUCGGGAAGCAUUGCAGAAAACUUAAUAAAGUGGAAUGGUGUGUAAGAGUUGUUUGACAGUGGGACAGACUCCCUCGGGAGGUUUUGUGGCCAUCCAUCAUGGAUACUCAGGUCCAAAUUGGGAAAAAGAACAACGUCGGCUGGGUACGCAUUAGCUGUUUGAAACACGGUGGAGCCAUUUCCCCCCACCCACAGUGCUUCAAGUCCCUAUUUUUAUGCUGCUGUGUACAGCAAACAGGGGACAGUGAUGUCCUUACCUGAUGCACAUUAGCUGAUGGCUUUCACUGUGCCUGCAGCCUCCUGGCUCCAAUCCAAUGAAGCUGCCAUCUGCGCAUGUGUUGUCAUUUGCACAUGUGCAACAGCUGUCUGAAGUGCUCAUGCCCCAGCCUAACCGCUGCUUACAGUUUUCAAAUUGGAUGGGAGCUGGCUUGAGGGGAACAUGCACCAAACAGCAGUAUUUCCCAAGAAGCUACAGGAUACAGAGGGAUAGUGGCUAAUGUCAUGGGCACUCAGCUUCAGACAUCUGUAGUGAGAGUGCACAGGAGCCAAAGCCAAUGGUGGUGUGUGUACACAGCCGUAGCUUCAUUUUAAGCUGGCUGCACACAACCAGUGACAUGUUGGUGAUGAAACGAAACAAAAAACCAGUGUGAAAGGACCAAUAGACCACGGGGUGGGGUGGGCAAGUCUUGUCUUGACCCCAGAUUCUCAGGGAAGGAAAUGGGAUUUAAUGGUUUGGGCAAAGGAACUGGGCACAUAAAGCAAAAUUGAGACUGACGCCUGCAGCAUGCAGUGGAGGCUGUUCUUUGGGAUGUGCAGAAUGAAGUACAAACUCUUCUGCAUAAGCACACUCGUGAAAACAGCUUUAUCUGUUCCCAGUAGCUAGAGCUAAAGGGGGAGGGGAAUGUAUGUGAUCCCAUGGUUUGGAGCAGGCAGGCAGGAGAUCUGGGAACGGGGCAGAGCCUAGCUGUUUUCAGCAGGAAGAGGUAGCUUGUUCAGAAGAUGUUGCAUAUUAACUAUUCUAAUAUUCUUGGCUCACAUGUUAGAUUCCUUUUGACAAGCACUGCGGGGAAGAUCAGGUGUGUCAUGCUGACCUGAAACUCUCCUUUCACAAUUCAGGGUAUGUUGAACAUCCUUGGUGCUAACAGUCACUGAUGCUUGUAGUGUAGGAAAACAAAUUAAAAGUGGUAGAGGGAGGACAGGUCUGAAUUUUUGCAAUAAUAAGUCUUAGCAUAUAUGCCAGCAUAUUUUAAAUGCUGAGAGUUUUAAAUUCAUAUACAUUAUAACAGCAGUCCUUCCAAUAGUGGUUCUCCUGUCAGCAUUGAGCAUUGGCUGUCCUAGCUGGGGACUGAUGGGAAUAGGAGUCCAACAACACUUGGAGGGCAACAGAUUGGUCACUUCUGCUUUAAAGGAUUGUAGAUAGGGGCUGAGGUUGAGAGCGUACUGUGCUUGGUAUAGCUAGACUACAACAUUGUAAUGUCUCUGGGAACCAAAGUGUUCCCUGACUGUGUUGCAGGGAAGGAAGCCAUUCUGGAGAACACCAUUUAAAUCUAGAGCAGUGGCCAUUUAGACUUAAACUGUAGCAAGACUUGCACGGUGUUCUGUGAACUUUGCCACCUGCUUUAGUUUCCAACAAUAUUAUUUUACAAAGCUUACAGCAGUGAAUAUAAAGCUUACCUUGAUUUUAUGCUACAUGAACACUGUGGCUUCUGCCAAAGAAUUCUGGGACUUAAUUUGGUGAGGCUGCUAAGAACGGUCUUUUGGAGAUCUUUAGUCUUUUCCCCAUCAUAGUAUUACACCUCCCAAGAUUCCCUGCUUUGAGUCAGCUGUAUGUAGGUAUGCCCUAUGGCGGCCUUCACCAACCCAGCUUCCUCUCAAUGCUUUUGACUGUAACUGUUUAGUGGGUAGCUGGAUGGUGAAGGCGGCCUUGCGAUUCUGUUGUAAGACUCAAAGGCUACACCAGUUUCCUAUCACAUUCAACAGUCCCACCUCCCAGACUCAGGAACCGAGGCCUGCUAAUCAGCUUGUCUACCCAACAUCCUCUUGAUCAGGUCUCAGGAGCUGGUUGUGUUCCCUGGAAGAGACUUGGACAUGAGCUUGGAGCUGGAGAACCGCAAAGAGGAUGCCUACUCCGUGACCCUCCACGUGCCUCACAUACCAGGCCUCUCCUUUCGCAAAGCUUGGGUGGUAGGUAUUCCCUCCGCAAAAGGGGCAUUGGAACUGGAUUGGGGCUGGCUUCAGAUUUGAAGGCUUCCUGGAGCCUGGUCUGAUCACACACCCAAACCCUUUCUCCCGCAUUUUUGGCAGCAGUGAUGAAAAGAAUGGAGCAAGAAGGUGCAGUGCUAUGGUGGGCACAGAUGCUUAAAUCGCUCUCUUCCCAGUCCAGGACCUUAAUGGAAAUGCACUUAGCUCCCUCCCAAGGAGAGUCCUCAACUUUUCACACCAAGCGAGCUGCAAGAGAACUUCAAAAUGGAACCCAUAGGCCACACGCUGCCUUGUUGCACAUGCGGGGAGAGGAGCGAAGCCAAAAAUUGACACACACACCCCGCCUUUGCGCUGCCUUCCCAAAGCCACCUAACCAAGGCGCCAGGCUUUGGGAAGGAGGUGUGAGGCUCUGGCAGGUUCUUAGAGCCCUCCCAACUCCUUCCAAAGCUGACAAAGCACUAACUAGGCUUUGAGAAGGAGGCUGGACCCUUACCCUUGCUUACCCACUUUGGGAAGGCAGUGCAAGGGCUUGGGGGUUUCAAAUGUUGCAGAGAGCCACCCAAAAAGGCCUUGAGGGCCACAGACUAAAAGAGCCUGUCCCACUGGAGGCAAAGGGUCCUCUGGUGUCCCCCCGCUUUGACUUCACAGGCAGCAGUACUCUGAGCUCUGCUACAAGCAGCACCUGGUGGCUAAGGCUAGCUUUGACUUAUCAGAAGUCCCUGGAAUGAUGCUAAGUUGAGAAAUUAAUAUGACAGCUGGGCUCAGCAUGCUGGGCCAUUUUUUCAACAACAAGAACAACAAAAGGGAUGCUGACUAGGCCAGGUGUUAGCAACCCAAGGCUGCCAGAUGUUGACAUCAACCCUGAACUUGCUCCACCCUUUCUCUUCUCGCAGUCCAACACUCUGCUUGUCAUGAGUUGCGAUGGGCUACUGGAUAGCCAGCACCUCAAGGGUCUCUCUUGCAACAUUAGCCAUCCUGUCUUCAAGAGCAAUACUAAGGUGAGCAUGUGGUGACACUGGCAGCUGGCACUCCUUGCCUGCUCAGCCAUGAAACUCCCUGGGCGACCUUGGGCCAGUCACAGUCCCUCAGCCUAACCGACCUCAAAGGGUGGUGGAAAGAGGAAAGAGGGUUAACAUACGCUCUCUGGAUAGCUUUUUCAGUACUAUAGUAAAGAUUGCAGUUUAGGAACAAUGAAUUGGCUUAACAAAUAAUUAAACAAUAACUAGAGAAAUUACAACGAGAAGUUUUUUGUUUGCUUAAUAAAAAGUGAGAAAAGAGGAUAUUGUUGGUAGUUUAUUGUCAGUUUUAAGAAGUGUAAUUAGUUUUCUGUUGUGCCUUGAAGGAUAUAUAUAUGACUUUUUAGAAACUUGAAUCUUUUUGGCAUGUGUGAGGAUGGGGGCUGAGGAUAACAAGCAGAAGCACGGUGAGUUCAGGGGGAUCCUGCCAGGACAGCAGGAGGAAAGGGGGAGACUUUGAGAGCAGGAGAUGCUGGCUGCAGCAGAUGCCCCGUGUGUGAGUGCUUCAGGGAGAUCAUUUGCAACGAAGGUAGGGAAGGGGAAAGCUGAGAAGGCACAGGCAGUGGCUUCCAAUCAGAAAGGAAGCACAUUUUUUAGCUUCCUUUCUUCACAAUUUUUGCAGUUUUCUCUUUCACGGCUGCAUUUUGUCAGCACACUGCCUCUUUAAGACAUCCACCAACAUAGGAUUGAAAAGAAAAGAAAAGAAAAGAAAAGAAAAGAAAAGAAAAGAAAAGAAAAGAAAGCUGUUGAUUCUUACUAGAGUUUUCAUUUCAAGAUGCAAUGAGGAUCCUUUAUUCUGCAUGAGGGGGAUGAAAGGGGAUGGGGUCAGCACUCUAGAGGGAGGGAGGGAGGGAGGGAGGGAGGGAGGGAGGAAGGAAGGAAGGAAGGAAGGAAGGAAGGAAGGAAGGAAGGAAGGAAGGAAGCCAGGCAAGUAGGCAGCAAGUACCAUGAAUUGUCUCACUUUUGAUCUCCUCCCUCCUCCAUUGCAGGCGUUAAUUCAGCUCAGGUUUAGCAUCCUCAGCAACAGCUCCUGGGGAGAUUACUUGGAGAUGAAGGCAAAUGUCACAAGGUAGGUGUAUCCUCCCUUCUACCAUUUAAUAGAUGUGUAGAAGAAGGGAUUUCAGCAGGGGGAGCAUGUCAUGCAAAACACCUCUGCUGCUUUCUCCUCUGCUACCUAACUGUUAAAGGCGUAGGCUCCCUGUCCACUCACUUUUUUCUCAGAGUAGACCCACUGAAAUUAAUGCACCUAAGUUAGUCAUACUUGAACGCAACCCAUAGGUGUCUAAAUGAAUAGUUAUUUGCAAGUUUUUGUUACAGAAUUUCCUGCCUGGGUAUGGGUGCAGAAGUCAGGGCCAUUUCUGGGGUGGCAGGUGAAAGGAUAUUUUGCAUUUUCUUGACGUCUGUCUCUGUCUUGUAGUGACAACAACGUGAAUGAGACUCUUGACACCGGGGCCAGUCACACCAUCCCUGUCCUGUACCCCAUCAACAUCAUUGUCAAGGAGUAAGAGACAAGCUGUUGUUUUCCCUUCUUCUCUGACUGCUCAGGCUCAGGGUAGAGCUUGAGAAUUGUAACCAGGGCUGGGGGGAUGCUGUGAUUCCAUGUCAGUGAUGUGCAAGCCUAGAAUUUGGUACUGGGUGCAGAAUCCAGCAUCCUGAACAUUCCAGGUUUGUGUGUGGGGUGUGUGUGUGUGUGUUUCUAUAUGGGAGGGGGGAAAUCCCUCCACAUAGAAAGCUGUGCUUUGUAGAAGGCUUGGCCGGAUUCUUCCUCUCUGACAUCAUAAGUUUUUUUUUAUGUGGGGGGAUUUGGUGGUGGUGGCCCAGACACUUAAGUAUUACAUCCUUUGCUGCCUCUGUGAAUGCAAGGUCUAAGAGGUAUAAAGUACACAAUACACAAGGAAUCUAUGAAUAGAACUGGCAAUUUUAAAUGAAGCCACAGGAGACUCCCAAGAUUUUUCAGAUGAGUAUGUACGUGUGUUUAGAGGAAAGAGUUAUUUUUGCUCUUUUCUCCCACACCAUCUUCCCAAUCCAAAUAAUUUCAUCUACUUCCUCAGUUUGUUUAUUUCUCCAUAUUUAAAUUCCCCUUCCAGGGCUGCUCACACAGCUGUGAUUUACGUCACAAAAAUAUGCACAUUAAACUGCAUUCGCACCGUGUCUGUCCACUAUGACAGCUGAAGAUAAAACAUCUCUUCUUGGUAACAAGAAGACCAGGCUCCUUUUCUGCCCCCUAGCUAGUAGUGUAGGUGGACUGAGACUUUUGUGGGGGCAGCAAUGUGGGCGCAGAGGGGUUGUGGUAACAAUGAGAAACACCCGGUGGCGCAUUGCUGAGUUCGCUGCCACCAUUGUAGGGUCACUGGCUGCAGCAAUUAUGCUCUUUGGGGUUGGGCUCCCUGCCUCCGUUCUUCACCUCCCUCAUCUCUACUUUUUAUCCCAUGCAGGUUAGAAACAUCCAGCCACUAUGUGAACUUCACUUCCCAACGUCAAGAAAAUAAGACUGUGACACACUCGUAUGAAGUGAGUGAGAGACUACUAAUUACACAAAAAAGAGUUCACAAAAGCUCAUGCCAUAAUACAUUUGUGAGUGGGUACACACAAUACACUUAAAGUAUGUGGCUUCCCCAAAGAAUCCUGGGAACUGUGGUUUACCCCUCACUGAGCUACAGUUCUCAGCACUCUUAACGAACUACAGUUCACGGGAUUCUUUGCAUGGAAGCCAUGUACUUUAAAUGUGCAAUGUACAGACAGAUGUCAUUUUUGCUGCAAGAGACUAACGGCUUUUUGGCCCUCACCUGGGCAGCCCUGCUGGGACCUAGAGGGUCUCUGGAACAAAGGAGCAUGGGAUUCUGCCUUUUACUGAAUCAGACCACUGACCCAUCUUACUUGAUAUUGUCUGCACUGACUGGCAGCAGCUCUCCAGGAUUUCAGGCAGUGUUCAGUCUCAGCGCUACACGGAGAUGCUGGCGAUUAGACUUGCCUGCAAGGAAGAUGCUCUACCACUGAGCUACGUAUGACGCUUCCCUAAACUGAAUCUGUUAAUUGAAGUAGACGGUGCUGAUCUAGAGGGUCCCUUAGUCUGACUUGGAUAGAAGGAGUUGCCUUAUACUGCAUUCACCACUGCUCCCUUCUGUAUCCUUAUUGCCAGCAAUCACCAUCCCAGCUCACUGGGCCUGGAUAGCUCAACUGAUCAGAACAGGUGCUGAUAAUGCCAAGGUUGCAGGUUUGAUCCCUGUAUGGGACAGCUGCAUAUUCCUAAAUUGCAGGGGUUUGGACUAGAACAGUGGCUCCCAAUUAGCUAAGUACUGUGGAACCCCCUACUUUUGAAAAAUUUUAUAUCUCUAUGGUGGUUUUUGUUAAUGUGAAUGGUGCGAGGGACCCCACCAAUUGGGAACCACUGGGCUAGAGGAUCCUUAGGCUCCCUUCCAACUCUGCAAUGCAAUGAUUCAUGAUUCCCUGAAGUUUAAUUUGUUGAGUCUCCUUGCCUUAGUCACUCUCUCCUUUUUCCCUCUCCCCUUCCCGCAGCUAACAAACCGGCCCUUGGGUGCUUUCACACCUCCUGCACUGUCAGUGAUCGUGAAGGUGCCGACCGCCUUACCUGCUGGGCUGACCUGGGUGGUGGAUAACAUCCGAACAGUAAGUACGAUAUAAAACAACAGGGCAAGGGCAGCUAGCAGGUGUAAAAGGUGGAAGCUCAGCACCCCCUAGUGCUAGCUUUUGGGUGGCUAAGCAAUGGGUGGGGGUCGCCCACAUAGUUCACCAUUGGGGAAGUGAAGGAUGAUCAAUCAAUGCAUUGAAAAGACGGGUCCAGUAACUUUAAACUUCCAUAUUUUUUUCCGGUGGUAGCAAACACAGAUUUUUCUCCAAUUCCUAGGUACCCUCUGCAGUGUGCGAACCCAUGGAAAUGCAGAAAAGCACAAAGGUCCAAGUCAAGUUGACUGAGGUAGAUUGUCUCCGCACAAGAGCACUUACUAAGGAUUAUGUCUCAAAGCCUGCUGCAAGUGGGGGGCGGGGGAGGGAUUCAGUUUAGUUCACAUUUAAAGGAAAACUUGCCUAAUUUGCACUUCUGAAACAAUAAGCAAACUGAAACAUGGCCAUUUGCACUUCUCCGAAUUUUGCCGUGCAGUUUUCUGACCCAGUGAUGUUUACAAAAAUGCACACACUGGGGUAAAGUGUGUAUAGGAAUGCAUAUGUUUUAGUGAUGACUUAUAAAAAUGCUUUAUAUUAGGAAUAAUUGUUUUGCAAGAAAUUCUGCAUGGAAUUGCAUAUUAGGAGAAUAAUGUGGUACUGUUCACUUCUAGAGAACUCUUGAAAACUAAGGUUUCUUAAGUGUGGAUGGGCGCUUUUUAAAACUUCUGCUUUCUUCCUAGCAAUGUGCGACUGGCACUUAUCUCACCUACAAGUGUGAUCUUGGACAGAUCAAUUCCUCCAUAAUCCAUAUCACUGGGUUGAUGUAUACCCAAAGCGAAAUUAAGGUAAAGGCUUGGAAUGAUCCGUAAAGGGUUACUUGCAGCAAAUGUCAACUCCUGUCCACAUUGGGACCUGGGGCAUGGGUUUUUAGAGGUGGAAGGUAAGAGAAUGGGAUCCUUUCCUUGUAUAGUGAGUCCCUCAUUCCAGUUUAUUCAAAGUACUAAUAUUGACGCUGGGGUGGGGGCAAUACAGUCAACACAGCGAUAAUAAAGGAAAGACAUAAUAAGCUCAUUAUGAGAAGAAGAAGAAGAAUUAUUUGCACUGCUACAGGGUGCUUUUGAAUUUUAAGAAUUCUCAAGUUUUUCAAGCUCUUGAAGGGGUGCUUCUGCUCUGAAAUGUAUUGAGUUACAGUAAGUUUUUCACCAGUGAGCACCGGAGCUGGUUCUCCUUUUUGCCUUCUGCAGUGUGUACCAGCGACUGGGCAAUUAAAGGUGUAGGAGCUCUGUCCUCUUUUUACAUCUAGCCACUCUAAGCUGAGUAUUGGCAUCAGUGAUUAGCAGCCACCCUCCAGGGGUUUGGAUAGAGGUAUUUUCUCAGCCCUCUCUAGAGAUGAAGGGUCUUGAACAGGGGACUGCCUGCAAGCAAACUAUGUGCUCAGUCACUGAGCUCCACCAGCCCCUCUGUACUUUUGUUUUCAAUUAAAUUUAACAUAAAUCAUGCAAACGGCAUGACAUCCAUUCCUUCCAGACAGACAUGUUGCAUUCCUGCUGUGGUGUCCUUAUUAUAGAUUUAUUGUUACCAUGGCACACGUGGAAAUCUUUUGAGUGGCCUCCUUAUACCUCCCAAGUCACUCCCCAAGAUAAUAUGACUUCAAUUUAGUUGGUGCAGCAAUAAGUGCUUGAAAAUAUUAUUCGUUCUUUAAAGGUGGGAUUUUCUGCACGUGAAUGAUCCUGCCCAGUAUGGUCUAAAAUGAAUUGUCUGUUUGUCUUACCUUGCAGAAGACAUCUCAGUUCAAGUUUUGCACAGCCUUGUGGUUUACGUUUGAUACUACAAGAUAUACAAAUUUCUACCCGGCUGAAUUUGCCCAGUUUCAGGUAGUGCAUGCUGCAGGAAUUGCUUCUUUUCCUCCCUUUCUGCAGAUUUACCUGUUUUGCUUGCAGGGUUUCAUAGCAUUACUUCUACCAUAAUCUUCUCCGUCCAAGUGAUUUCCUUACAGAACUGUUUACAAGAUUGCUCCCUUACCCUAUAUUAUUUCAUAAUUAAAAGCCUUUUUGUCCUCUGGAAGUACAUUAUAGGCACUUUCAGACAGGCUGCUUAUUCACAAAAAUGUGAUCAUUAACCCACACUUUCUAGUGUAAUUAUCUUGUCACUUUUCUAAAUUGCACUGGAAAGUGUGAGCUACCAACCCAAUGCUGGCUAUACUGUUAUCACCUCUCUGCAAGCAUACCAGGAGGGAUGUCUAGAAGCUCCCAAAAUAUAAAGGGUAGAUUUUUCUUAUUGCAUAUGUUUCUGAGAACAAUAUUUAACCCACUUUUAAUUUUUUUAAUUAAUCAAACUGGAGAGGAUCCCCAUAAAUUAGAACAGUCAAAUUUGUUCAGUCACCUUAAGUGUAUAUUCUAUCCUUUUUCUUUUAACCAAUCCUUAAGUCAAUCCAAUUUUGAGAACAAAAUGCUUUCUAGAGUGUUGAAGCAUCUGUGCAUCUUGAGCUGUAUAGCUUCCUUUCUAUUAGAUUCAUUGUGUUUUUAAAGCUACCUCUUUCCCUGCCUAAAUCUUCUUUAGCUACUGUGUAUGAUACCCUUUCGAAAAGAUUGCAGGUGUGCAAUGAUCACUAGCUAGCUUCACAGAUACAGCUUCAUGUCGCCUUUGCUGUAUCAGGGCAUCUUGCUUUAGUUGCCUUUGUUCUUAACCUUGACUGCGUAAUAGCUGGACUUCUAUUUUAGAAGCAGCAAACGUUAUCUGGUAUAUUCUGGGCAAGAGACAGGCCUUUGCUGGAGAAAAUAUAGGACUGGACUGGCAUGCCAGUCUUGAGUGAAGACCUUUCCCCUGCUGAUUUGGCUCCUUCAGAACUAGGCUGUCUGUCUCAGACCCACUGCGACCAGUCAUGCUCUGUGUGUUUUUUCUCUCCCUGCUCCCCAGGUUGCUGAGGUGGAGAUGAUUCAUGUGAUGAACUAUCUCCCUGUUAUAAUAGGCAGUGCUGUCGGAGGCUUGUUCUUGCUAAUUCUCAUCAUUGUAUCACUUUACAAGGUAAGACUCGAUGUACAUCGGGAAUCCUGGGUUAGUAGGAGUAGCUGAGAGCUCAGCUCAUUUUUUAGGCAAUUUAGCAGCAACGGUUUUAUCAGUAGUUUAAAUCUGCUUCUGUUGAGAUCCACAUGUUCAUCUUGAAGUCACAGCAAAGCUGUCUUCUAUUAUGUCAGACUGCUGGUCCGUUUUUAGCUAAGUGGUGCUUAUGUUGGCUGGCAGUGACCCCCAGCCAUCCCAGGACAUUUUCUCUGUGCUGCCUGGAGAUGGAAGAGUUUGAACCUAGGACAUUCUGUAUUUAAAGCAUGUGCUCUACCGCUGAGCAAUGGUUCUUUUCUAAAUUUGGCUCUAUCGAAACUUGGAUAGUUGUCCUCAGCAUGGGGGUGGGAAUCAGAUUCUGCAUUUAUACCAUUCUUAUACCAAGUUAGAUUCCUGUAGGAUUUGGUAAGUUACACAGAAUUCUAGUGCCAUUGUAGUGGAAAUGUGGAAGACAAUUGUAUUUUGAGGAGUUAGGUGGCAUGUCCCUUUCCCUUUAACAUCCCCAGUUUGAGGUCUGCUGGAUACUUGUGUUUCACACACUUGUUGGGAGUUUCUUGGGUUCUUCUGUGUUGCAAGUGCCCAGCUGCAGAUAGUGGGAGACUCUCAGCCUCUCUGUAUUAAUGCCAUCUCAGGGUCCUGGGCUAAUCAUGAGUAAUGUCAGGUGCACUUGAUUACAUCAAGGCAGGCUAUAAAAGCCAUAGGUGGGAGGGGCCUGGGGAGCUUCUACCCAGAUCAAAGGACCUGAUGCUGGGAGACCUAAGGUCAGGGUCUUUCUCCUGCUGCUCUACCUGGGGCUCCGGGCAGCUGAAGGGGAGGUUGGGUAGCCCCUGUCAGGUAUGUUUUAUUUUAUGCUUUGCAUGCCUGCUGUUUAUUUGUUAAUAAAACUGAUUUUGGUUCCCCUUCCACCUCCUCAUUCUUUUGUCCUGAUAUCCUUGGAAAGAACUGCUGUAUUUGGCAGCACAGCCAUUUUGCUGGUGGUCCUAGAAUGUCAUGCAUGAAGUCCUGGCCAUCUCCAGUCAUGGGGAUGGUGGUCCAGGGAGCGGCUCACAGCACACCAACAACUCUGUGGUCCAGUUUUUAAAAGUGUUAUCAAUCUAUUCAGGUGUUUUAUAAAAAAAAUAUUGUAAUGUUUUGGAAACAGUUUUAUUAGGUAGACUAGCACACAUUUUCUAACUGAUGUAUGUGUUAUAUGUGCCUGCUUUGGUUGUCUUUAGACUUCUUAUCACAAGACUUCUUACGGGAAAGGAAGGAUAAAAAAAUGCAUGGAUAUUUUCGGUGAGCUUUGGCAGCUCAAUUCUAAAUAAAUAAAUAAAUCCCGUGGCAGAAUAAACUUAACUUUAUGCCUCCUGGGGCUUGAGUAAAUAAAUUGGCAUAAUACAUUUUGAUAUCAUGGUUUGGGCUUUUCUGCUUCCAGAACAUAGAUUCCAUACCUAUUCAGCCUGAAGAGACUGUAUUGUAUCAUGGCUGUUGAACAACUACCUCCUUUUUAAAAUGAUCAUCUAUGUGGUCCAGCCAAAGUUAAGCCAUUUUUAUGCUCCAUAGAUAUGAAUGGCAGAGAGUGCUUAACUGAUCCUUCCAAUCAAUUAAACUUAACAUGAGCUAGAUUGUGCUGUUAUUGCCACAUCUCAUUUGUAAGUGUACUAAGUACUUUACAACAACCCUGUGGGACAUACUAGGUCAUUUUAAAUGCUUGGAAUGUGGAACAAGCUUCAAUCACAUGACCAGGCUAACCUCACAUAAGAAAAUCCAUGCAGGAGAGAGAAACCAUAAAAAGCAAUUCUGGAGUGAGAGACUAGGCUGAUGUCUGCUGUUUCCAGGAACUCUUCUGAAUGUGAGACUUUUGUGGGUGAGCUGCCAGUUUGUUUGGAUCCUGAGCAAGAACAUGGAGGCUGAGAGGGUGUCAGAAGGAAAACGAUGUUGAUUUUUAUAUAUUAGUGACUUUGUACAGUAUUAAUAUAACAUUUUUAUAUGUAACUGGGUGUUUUUGUAAUAUUUUGUUUAAGUUGUCUGUUAUUGCUUAAAUUUUCUUUGUGCCGGUUAGAGAUGUUUUAAAUAUUUUAUAAUAAUAAUAAUAAUUAAUAAAUAUAUUUAACUGGGUUAGGGUCUGGACUAAACUGAAUCACAUCAAUGGCAAAAAAAACCCCAUCCCCCAUUUUUAAAAAUUAUUUGCUCAUUCAAGGUACCUGAUGAGAAGAAACUGGGAAAAAUAGAGGGAUAAAGGUUGAUAUUUAGAAAGGUGGUAGAUUUUGGGGGGUCCCCCCCCCCACAAAGUUGAAGACCACUGGGAUGGCCAUCACAAAAACUUUACAUUGGGUUUUGAAGUUAGGUCUCCCAUAUCCAGAUCAAGCAUCUUACUCAAGCUACUGCUAACAGUUUCCCCCUCCCUUUUGUUUAUAGUGUGGAUUCUUCAAACGUAAUUAUAAAGAGAUGAUGGACCUUCAAGAAAAUAAUAAUGCAGUAGAUUUAGAAGACAAUCCGGGAGGUGAUGCAGAGAAAGAAGCCAAACCAGACAGCAGUGAAGGGAGCGACAGUGAAAAAGAAGCCAAAGAAAAAACAGACCUGUUGAAUGGAGAAGCUGAUACCAAAUGAAUAGAUCAGUCUCCUCCCCACAAACUGCAGUCAAGAUAACUGGUCUAAAUGUGCAGGGAAGGAAAGAGUGACUUGUCUGUUGCCAACAAGGACUUAUACUCACCUUCUUAAAAUUUGCAUAUGUGUUUUUUGUGUGUGUUGGCAUCCAUCUGUCUCAAGAGACAACAGAGUUUACCUCCAGGGGAUGAAGUCAAACUGUUUGCAAAGGUCCUGUUUUGGGAAAUAGAGCUGUGUCUCCUUGGAAUGAUACUCAUCUGUAUGCAUUGGGGCUGCUGAUCACAGGUGUAUAUGAUGAAGUGGACAGAGAAAAGGAGUUGAAAGCAGGAAUUGCAUUAGUGUACUUCCCUAAUGCCCCUUAAUGAAAAGGGACAGACACUGGCCUUUUCCAGACUUUUAGAGACUCUAUGAAGUGGCAACUGUGCAAAUCAACUUAGUUUUUCCUCCGUUUUUAGAUGUAAUGUAUACCUAUGCUUGUUUACUCAGAAGUAAAUCCCACUGUGUUUCGUGGCUCAUAUUCCCAAGUAAGUAUACACAGGAUUGCAGCCAAAGGUUUUAAGAAGUCCAGUAAGUCAGAAUUCAGUUUACAAGAAAUGAUGGAUUGUUUAUGUGGCACCCAAUUUCUUCAACCUCUGUGAUACUCUAGGUUUUCAAUUUCAUUGUUCCGCAAGGGACAAUGACAAUAAAGAGAUCGUAUCGUAUCGUUUGUCAACAGGUUACUUUUGUACUCACAUUAACCAGUUUUGAUGAAUUGUGUUUAAAUUAAAACUAUUAGUCAUUGGUAUCUUCCUCCCUUUUCCUCCUUAAGUUAUUCACCACAUCUUCCUAUAUUGCAAGAUACAACCCAAAGGGCCUUUUAAAAAACCUUAACAACUUUUAACAAUGUAAUCAUGUCUGCCACAGUGUAACUAUUUUUAGAAGAUCUAUACAGCAAAAGGCAGUGUGGAAAGAUGAAAUUCAACUACCAGUAAGUUAGUUAGGCAGCUUUAAAGUAAAUGAGCCAGAAUACAAAGCUGUCAGAGAUCCUCUUUUUUAAAAAUAUUUUUAUUAAACAUUUUCUUGGUUUACAAAAGUA